UGGAACUUCCUAGGUGAUGUGAUUGCAAGUGUAGGACAUAUUUCGUUGUGGAUGUAACUUUGUGAGCGGACGGAUGGAUUAGUGAAACGUGUUUACAGGAGGGAACGCGCGGAGAAGGAUAUAUAUACACCUGAACAGGUGAGGUAUGGCCAACUACCGGUCAGAUGUCCCUCCGUCCCCCAAUCCGUCCAUCCAGAGUGACCGGCGCAGGUCCCGAGCGGACAGCGUGCGAGCGUCCCGGAACAGCCUGGCCCGACAGAGCACAGGAAGCAGUAUAUAUGGGUACCUGGUGGGAGGAAGAGAAAUUGAAGCCACGAAAAUCCUUGAAGUGCUACAGAAGGGUAUUGUCAUAUUGGCAGGAGGUCGCGAUCCUCAAGGAGGACCACUCAUCACAUUCCCAGCCAAUGGGAAGCGAGGGGACUUCUCCCCUACUGACAUCGCCACAUGUCUCAAGUACCUUGCUCAGAUACCCAGUGAGGAGUACAAGAGGCGUGGCUUCAGUAUAGUGAUUGACAGUCGAGAUGGGUCCUGGUCUAAUCUAGUCACUGUUCUAGGAUGUCUCAAGCAAUCCCUGGGGGAGUACCUGAAGCAGGUGUUUGUCAUCCAGGCAGAGUAUGACCGGCGGAACAGCCUGAGGAGGGAGAGGCCCUCCGUCAACAUUGAGCCCUUGUUUGUUUCGGUACCCAAACUGCAUGAGUACAUAGACAGGAACCAGUUGACAACAGACAUUGGAGGCUUUCUACCAUACAACCAGAAAACAUGGCUGCAGAACAGACUGGAUUUAGAGCGGUUCCUGCAGGACUGCCAGGAUGUGGUGCAGCAUCUGGACCAGGAGGAGGUGCACAUCCAGCAGACUUACUCCCGCCAGGACCCCCAGAUGAGCCCCAUCGAGGCCCUCCGCCAGCACCGCUACUUCCAGGAAUCUAUCAUGGUCACUCCACAGCAAGUCAUCAGCUCCGGUAAGGACCUGCUGAAUCGACUGCAGUAUGACAGUGGUCAGGGCAGCUUCAGGUCGGAGGAUGAGGUGAUCCCGACCUUGGACAACCUGGAGGCCCAGAAGCAGACAAAGCGGGUGAUCCAGUACCUGGAGAACCGGGUGGAGAAGCUGCAGGACUACCUGGACGACCGGGACAAGUACCUCAACCUCAGCAUGAAGUACAGCGAGUGGAAGAGGAAAGUCAAGUCUGUGGUGGACUGGGUUCUCGGGCCAGGAGAGAAGCUCCUUGCAACACAGACAGAUAUUGGGGACUCAUAUGAAACUGCAGAGGAACUCAGGAAACGUCAUGAAGAGCUGCAGAUCAAAUGCACAGACACCUAUGGACAGUAUGCUGAGCUUCGUCACGAGGCGGAGGAGAUGAUGAAGGACGGGGGCUCCCUGACGGCAGACAUCCGAGCACAGCGGGACUACAUGGACACCGUGUGUCGGAGUCUGGCCAGUAGGCUGGAGCGGAGACGGGUUCUCCUCAUCACCUCCGUCAGGUUCCAUCGACUCGCAGAGGAGUUUUCGCGGCGCCUGGACAACCUGUUGGAGCUGCUGUGUACUGAUGUAGUUGCUGAAGAUGUGGAGAGUGCGGAGGAGGCCCUCAAGAACCUACAUGAACAGUGUGAUGGGAUUGAUGACUCUGCACAGCAAGCACUGAAUGAUGGCCAGAGUCUUCUGGAUGAGAUGUCCAGGCCAAUUAAAGAUGCUUUUGGCAAGGACAUCUCCCCGGACUACAGCGGCCAGAUCAAGUACAUAACAAAGAAGCUGGAGGAGCUCCAGGAGAGGAAGUUGAGGUGUGAUGAACUGGCCGAUGUCCGCAAGCUGAAGCUCCAGCAGAUACUGCAGCUGAGGACCUGCGAGAAGGAUGCAGAUCAAGCAAUAGACUGGAUCCUGGAGCUGUGUGAUGUGAUGGUGACAACCCACACGGACAUGGGGCGGACGCAGGAGGAGGCUGAGACGCUGCAGGAGGAACAUCGCACCUUUGAAUCAACUGCUGCAGGAACAUAUGACUACGGAAAGCAAUUGUUGCAAGCUGCCUUGGUGUUGAGACGAUCACUGAGAUAUGACCUUGAACCAAACAAUCAGCGUGCCCAGAGACUGGAAUAUGCCUGGAAACGGUUCACUCAGGGAACAAGUGAACGAGCCAACCGACUCACUGUGUCAGCCAUGUUUCUCUCAUCAUGUGAUAAGCUGUUUGACCGAAUUGAGGAGAUCCUGGUGGUGAUCAGCCAGGCGUUGGGCCGGGAGGUUCCUAUAGACGAAGUACUAGUGCAAUAUACUAAACCCAAGAACACCCUGCUGGCGGACUGUGCCGACACUACACAGAUGGGGAAAGCCUUGCUGGACAGACUAGCACUGCCAGUCAUCAUGUUGGAUGAAAAUGAUCGGAGAUUGAGCAUAAAUGAGGAGGGAACAACUGACACCAUUAAUCACAAGUUACGGAAACUUGACCGCAAAGUUGGAGACUUGGAGAAAUAUUGGGCCGAACUUGAAAACAACCAAAAUAAUCCUGAUUACAAGCCAAAACUUAGAAGAACCCCAUCCUCAAGAACAAGGUUACCAGCCGAAACAGGACAAGCGCCACCUCGAAGAAAAUCUAGCAAACGCAUUCGACCUAAACCGCUUCCAAGAGGACAACAAUCUCAGCGUGAUGGGUCCACGUACCCUGAUAGCCCAGGUUCAUCAUCUCAUGGCUCGCCAAGUAGAGUGUACCCGUCCUCUGAACAGGGCUCGCCUGCAGGUCGGGGAUAUCCUGCAGGGUCACCUCAAGGUUACCCUGCAGGAUCAGCCCAGGGUUACCCCGCAGGAUCAGCUCAGGGUUACCCCUCAGGAUCAGCUCAAGGUUACCCCGCAGGAUCAGCUCAGGAGGGGAUACAUCCUGUGGCAUAUGCGCGGGUAACUCAAGGACAUUCACAAGCAUCACCUGGGUUCUCUCCGAGUGGUCGAAGAGGGGGCAAUAGGCCUGUCACUAAUGGAUACUCAGGUAUGGGUGACCAGCUUGACCACAGCCAAGGGUCUGAGAGGGAAGCUCCAAUCCAGCCAGUGUCAGUCCAGCUUGCCAAUACUCAAUAUGUCCAGUCACAGCCACCAGAGGGCGCUGAAUUACAAAGAGAGUUAGAAGAGAGUGGAGAAUGGAUUCGAGUACGUGUCCACCAAAUGGAACCCGACCUCUUGGAGGUCGGCGCGACCUUGGAAGAAGCUCUCCAGCUACGCAGGGAACAUGACGAACUCCUCUCAAAACUUCAGUCCAAAGAAGGAGAAGUUAAGGAGAUGCUGUCGAGAGCAGACUCGUACGCAGACGAGAAUCGAUCACAAGCAGACGUAUACGUUGCAAUGGCCGACACGCUUAAUGAAGCCUGGCGAGACCUCAACGACAAACUGAAACUACGCGGUCAGCUGCUGGACCAAAGCAUUGCAUUCCACCAGGGCGCACAAGAUCUUUCAUCCAAAAUGGAACAAGCACAAAACAACUUCAGCAAUGUUCCUCUUGCCAAGGAUGUGGAAACCGCUCGCAGCCUCCUCCAGCAGCACCAAGAGAUCAAAUCAAGUAUAUUGGAGAAAUCUAAAUACACACUUGACAUUGGUCAGUCCUUGCUUGAUCGCAUCAAAGAAAUGGGUAUGCAUGCAGACCUACAAAACAGGCACGCCACCACCGCAGCCUGUUAUGGAAUUGAACAUUUACUGGAACUUUUACAUGAUCGACGUCGACACCUAGAAGAACUUAUGACACAACGAAAAAUAAGACUGGAACAAUGCUUGCAAUUGUGCCAGUUGGACCAAGAAGUGAACAAGAUUCUUGAGUGGUUCCGCACUAUUGGAGCAGACAGCAUAAACAACUCGGAUCUCGGAGAGUCUUACACCUCCGCCAAGUAUUUACAAGACCAACAAAACAGAUUUGAGAUCCAAGCGAGGGAUAUGCAGGACACGAUGCUGCGAUUGAUCCGGAACGUAGACCAACUCCUUCUCCGAGCCAGUCUCGAUGCGGAGGGAGUGCGUCAGCGAUUGCAGAUCGUGGAUGCCGAGUGCGAAGACUUCAUGGUCAAACUGGACAAUAGAAGAAAGAACAUCUCAAGCUCUGUAUCUUUCUUCAACCAAGCAGAAACGGCUCUAACACAACUGGGACAGAUUGAAGUCCAACUUAACAACAUGGACUUGCCACGGAACAGCGCAGAGCUCGCCGAGCAUCAUGCUCACCUUUCUAACUCCAUUGUGGAAAUUUCCACGUCAGCCUUUAUGGAAGGUCGUCUUCUACUCGAGAGGGUCAGUAGGAGCGACGCCGGGGCUGAUGGCGUCAGAAAGAAGAUGGAUGAACUCGAAGCUCGCUGCGCCCAACUUGAGUCGCUGUGCAAGGCGAGACGGGCCGAGGCGUGGGAGCGUAGUCAGGCUUAUCUCAUCUUCCAAGAGAAAUUCAACAGUCUCUUCACGUGGAUGACACAGAUUUGCCAGAGUACGCUCAGUCGCCACGGCAACAUGGGAAACACCCUUGCCAGCGCCAAGGACUUUCUUGAAAUACACGAGCAAUUGGAUGAAGACAUUAGAGAAAAAAGUGCGGAAAUUGACUCCUUAUCCGAGGCUGUAGUGAACCUGGUCAGGUCAGGGGACCAGGAAGCACAGUCGGCCGCGGAGAAGGUGGACAACAUGCGCAAACAGCUGAAUCGGUUGCACCGCGUCACCGAGACCCGCAUUCAACUUGCUCUCUACUAUGUCUCAUUCCUCAGGCUUGCAAAUCAAAUGGUCACCAAUAUGAGUGGCCUUGAACACAUCAUCCAUUCAGAAACCGAAGAUCUGCAGGAACUAACAGAUGCUGCAGUUCUUCACACACAGGAGAUGUGGAACAACAUGUCACGUAACUUUUCGGAAUUCGAUGAGAAGGGCAGAAUAUUUUUGAAGAAUUCCUCCACAAUCACUGAUGACUCCACUUUGGAGAUCCGCAGCACCAUCAACACUGUGGAGAAGCUGCUACUGGACUUCCGUGAGCGAAUGUCGUCACUGACACAGCACUGGGAGUCGUGGCAGAUGCGUGUGUCCUCCAGCAAACAGUUCAAGUCUCAGUGGCACCAGUAUAUCCAAGAAGCCAGACGGACCAUUGACUGGGUGAUGAAGGUAGAGAGGGAGUUUUUCCUCCCCUACAUCGCAGGACAGCUCGGAAACUCGCUCGAACGAGCAGAACAGCUUCAGCGUAAAGUGGAGGAGUUUGUUCCAGUAGCCAAGAAGGCCAAGGAGGAGAUCGAGAACCACUUGAAGACUGCCGAGCUGUUGUCACUGAAGGGAGACACCAAAGGAGAGAAGGACAAGAUCAUCAGUGAACUGGUCAAGGUCCACCAACGAUUCCAGGCACGCAUCAACGAGUACCAGAUCCUGCUCAAGAUGACCAUCACAUUCUUCAAGAACCUUCAUCAGUUGGAUGAGGUGAUCUCGAGGACAGAGCACACGUACUCCCAGUUGGAGCUGCCAUCGGACCUGACGACAGCUGAGUCAAUGCUGGAGGACCAUAAACGCAAGAAGAAUGAAGUGUCACAACUCAUCCACUUCUCUGCCGACGAGGGCGAGAAAAUCGUCAGAAGAGUAAGACAGCAGGAUUCACAAGCUGUCGCGUCAGAAGACGUUCACAGUGUGCUGAACGUCACAGAGGAAUACAAGCGUCGCUGGAACCAGACAUGGGACGAACAGCAGAAACGCUUGCAGCAAAAUCUACAGAUCUGUCAGUUCAACUAUGAUCUUAGACAGAUCCAUUCAGAGAUAGAUGAAUUACAUCAGCAUCUUCAGGCACGACGAGGCAGCUACGGCAACAACCUUCCGGCUGCCAAGAUGACGUCGCAAGCCUUCAAACAGUUUGAAUUAACUGUUGAGUUGAUUGAGAAGAAGAUAAGCAACUUUAUCGGCACCGCCGAGGUGAUGGUGCAGGACAGACACUAUGACUCUGUCCACAUCCGCCGAGAGAUUGAUGUGCUGAAAAACAAAUGGAGUACAUUCCACACCAGCGUGCGAGACUAUCGCCGCCUGCUUGAUACCUCUAUCCAGUACUUCACACUCAUCGAGGAGUGUGAGACUUGGAUGAAGGAAGGUAGUCACCUGCUGAUCACCAUUGGUCGCAGGUCGACUGAGUGCCGCAACCCACAAGAAGCCAACGAGCUUAUCAGGAAGUUAGAGAAAUACGUCGAGGAAGGAAAACCUCUACAAGAACAGAGACUGCAGAAAGUCUCAGAACUAGCAGUACAACUAUAUGGUGAACAGGGUCCCAGCAAGAUCCGCCAUGUUGUGAUCCAGUAUCAGGAUCUCAUGCAGUCGUUUGAGCAGGCCGACAACGAACUGUCCAUGCUCAGAGACAACCUAGAAGGAAAGAAGCAGCCGGUGGAGGAGAGCAUGCAGCAACAGGCUGCUGCCCCUGCCGCCGCCCCUCAGUACCGACCACCCCGCAUCACACAACACCUCAAGAAUGCUGAGGUGGUAGAAGGAACAAAAUUCACAUUCGAGUGUCGUGUUGAGAGCGACACACCAUCGGAAGCCAAGUGGUUCAAGGAUAACUUACCUCUUGCUAGCCCUGACUAUGAAACUCGCUAUAAUAAUGGUCUAGCAACACUGACGAUUGAGGAAACGUUCUCAGAAGAUACUGCUCGCUACACGAUCAGAAUCACAAACAUGGCGGGCACAGCCGAAUCCUCAGCUCAUCUCAAUGUCAAAGAAACGCACCAGCAAAUCGUUCCUCCCGAGUUCAUUAAGAACCUCAAGUCAGUGGAGGUCAUCGAAGGCUCCUCUUACGCCUUUGAGUGCCACGUUCAGGGUAUCCCAUCGCCGACUGUCUCUUGGUACAAGGACGAGAUUAACGUUGAUAACUCUCCAGACUUUGUCAUCACAAAAAUCAAUGGCACGUGCUGUUUGAAGAUACGUAGAGUGGUACAACACCAUGGUGCUCGAUACACAUGUCGAGCCUUGAACCCUGGUGGCGAAUCGUCCACAUCAGCUCGUAUGACCGUUAUACCUCUCCAGACACCAGUGUUCCACCAACCCCUCCAGGACAUGACUGUCCCCGAGGGCAAGGCGUUCCGCCUGGAGGUCCGCUUCACCGGAUCACCUGCCCCCGAGGUCCAGUGGUUCCGGGGGAUGGACAGAGUCAUCACAUCAGGACUCUUCAAGGUGACUGUGGAGGUCAACUAUUCCUGUCUGGAAAUAGCUGAGGCGUUCCCUGAGGACUCUGCCCAGUACACUGUGGUUAUCAAGAACGCAGCCGGAGAGGCUAGAACACAGUGCAGGAUCACCAUCGAGAGUUUCUACUCCAGCACUGGUGAGGACAUGUCUCAGGCCUCCAUGGAGCAAGUGGCCAUCAAGCCUCAGUUCACACAGCUGUUGUCCCCGACCAAGACAACCCCCGAGGGAUCUCGUGUACGUCUCGACUGCAUCAUUGUCGGACACCCAGAGCCAGAGGUGAUCUGGUUCCACAAUGAGAAGCCCGUGAAGGAAUCAAAGGACAUCCAACUCCUGUUCGAGGGAGAUCGCUGCACACUUGUCUUGAGAGAAGCUUACCUUGAAGAUUCAGGAACAUACAAAUGUGUCGCCAGGAAUGACCAUGGUCAAGCUGAGAGUGGCUGUAAACUUCAUGUUGAAGCACUCAGCGAGCUUAGUGACGCGUCCGUGGGCGAGCUGUCACCACCCAAGUUUACCCAGCUGCUCAAGGACAUUGCUGUGAAUGCUGGUCAGCGAGUGUGUCUGCAGGGCCGUGUGACCGGUCACCCCCUUCCAGAAGUACAGUGGUUCAAGGAUGACCAUCCUCUACAGAGCUCACCAGACUUCCAGAUUACUGCCUUUGCUGAUGUCCACUCCUUGACCAUCCAAGAAGCUUUUGAGGAGGACAGUGGCACAUACAUGGUGAAGGCUGUCAAUGUUGCUGGCGAGGCCAAGUGUGUCUCCCAGCUGCGUGUCAUGCCUUCCACAGAACCAAUGACCACGGUGCGUCGCACUACCACCGAGACUCGCGUGGUUCAUCGUGAAGAGAUCACACAGGCAGCACCAGAGUUCAAGAAGCUCUUCCAGGACAUCAACGUUAGGGCUGGUGAAUCAGUCACACUGGAGUGUAUUAUCACUGGAAGUCCCAAGCCAAAGAUCCAGUGGCAGUUCAACGGUGAGCCACUGGUCUCCCAGGACUACAACAUGACCAUGGAGGGAGACACCUACAGACUCAUGAUCCCCGAGGUAUUUGACGAGGAUGCAGGCCGCUUCAGUGUCACAGCAGAAAACAACCUGGGUAAAGCCACCUGCUCUGCCCAACUGACAGUAGCACCAGAGCUGCCCAGCACGGAACCUCCCACGCUCCAGAUCCGCAAACACAAAGUUAGGGUGGAGAGAGAGGUUCCCAUGGAUACAUCUGAGUCCACCACCUACGAGGAAGUAACCCGAACUGUGACACAGACCGAGACGCGUCUAGAAAGGAUGAUCACUGAGAUGCAGGAUCAGACGUAUGCCCCUGGCACGGAGCACUUCGCCACCACCAUUACCACUGGUGUCGAACAGCAGAUGCCCAGGGUGCCCUCACACGAACAUUUCGCCACCACGAUCACCACCGACCUGCCACAAAAAUAUCAGCCGGUGGACCUGACGAUUGAAGUUCCUGUUCCCCCUAAGUUCCUUCAAGCUCUGAAGACAAUCACUGCCAUGGAAGGAACACGAGUCAUCUUUGAAGGUGUUGUAACAGGAAAACCAGAGCCAAGUAUCAAAUGGUACCGUGAGGGAAGGGAGAUAACUCAGCAGGCAGAUUUUGAAAUCUCCUAUCGCCAGGGGCGUGUAACCCUGAUAAUACCCGAGACGACACAAGACGACGCUGGACAAUUCAAGUGUACAGCUGAGAACAUUGCUGGACAGUCCUCUAGCACAGCUGAACUCAUUGUCAGAGCUUCUAUGAUUCCACCCACAUUCACAGAGAAGCUUCAGAAGGUCCAUGCUAAGGAGGGUGAGCCAGUCCGACUCACUGUCCGCGUGGCUGGAACACCAGCCCCCCAAGUCACAUGGUACCGCGAGGGUAGCCGUAUCGUCAGCUCUCCUGACUUUGAGGUCAUCCAAGAGGGAGCUAUCCACUCACUCUACAUUCCGGAAGUUUUCUACGAGGACGCCGGACACUUCAUGGUCCGUGCUGAUAACCCAGCCGGGGAAGCUACAUGCUCAACUCAGCUUAUUGUGCCAGCUCCACCUAAAGAGAAACCAGAGCCUCCAGUUCAACGUGCCCCAGAAAGGAAACCAGUUUAUGAACAUGUGGAGCCAUCUAGAGCUCCUCCAGCCAAGGCUCCAGUUUUCCCACCAAUGGAGCCAUCUCGAGCUCCACCAGCCAAGGCUCCAGUUUUCCCACCAAUGGAGCCAUCUAGAGCUCCUCCAGCCAAGGCUCCAGUUUAUGAGCCAUUUGAGCCAUCUCGAGCUCCACCAGCCAAGGCUCCAGUUGUUCCACCAAUGGAGCCUUCUAGAGCUCCUCCAGCCAAGGCUCCAGUUUAUGAGCCAUUUGAGCCAUCUCGAGCUCCACCAGCCAAGGCUCCAGUUUAUGAGCCAUUUGAGCCAUCUCGAGCUCCGCAAGUGAAGACUCCAACCAAGCCUUUCCCACCUCCUGAGGAGCCAACAGCCAAGGUGCCCAAACUUCAGCGCCCAUCGGACUUCGCUGCCACACCUGCUCCAGUUCCAGCACAGGAACAGCAAAUGUUCCGGGACCAGAUUGACAUGCAGGUCGAGGGCGAGCAGCAGCUGCCAUCAUUCGAGAAGAGAAUUGCUCUGUUUAGUGAAGAACAGCAGGCUCCACCACUGCCAACAUCAGAUAUUCCAAAGAAACCUAUUCAGACUGGCAAAGAAAGGCCAGCAUUUGUAGCGCCUCUGAAGAACACAGAAGCCAGACAAGGUCAGAAGGUCGUGUUUGAGGUCAGAGUUGAUGGCAGGCCUGAACCAAUAGUGAAAUGGUACAGAGAAGACGCAUUGAUCGAGACAAGCCCCGAUUAUGAGAUUACCUCCAGCAAUGGAGUUCACAGACUCACCAUCCAUGAAGUCUUCCCAGAGGAUGCUGGAAAGUUCACCUGCAUUGCUACCAAUGCUGAUGGAACAACCACAUCAGAGUCUCGCCUCUAUGUUGAAGCUGCACCAGAGCCCAUGGAGGUGACUCCGGCUCCGAGAGCUCCAGUCUAUGCCCCACCACCUCCAGUCACACCAACCAAGGCAGCACCUCCAGAGGUGGCUCCUAAACCAGCACAGAAGGCCCCGUCGUGGCAGCCCCCGCCUCCUCCCGUCCCACCAGCAAACAUCCCGCCAUCAUUUGUCCAGCGACUCAGUGAUGUGCGACUGGUGGAGGGAACUAACACCAAGUUGGAGUGCCGUGUGCUGGGCAAGCCCUUCCCACAAGUCUCAUGGAGGAAGGAUGGGAUGCCAGUGUAUGAAGGUCCAAGACACAAAAUGAUCAACGAUGAAAGAACAGGACGUUGUACCCUCCUCAUCUCCAAGAGUUUCUCGGAUGACGAGGGAGAGUACACCUGCACUGCUGCCAACCCUGCUGGGGAGGUGUCCACCACGGCCAGGCUGCUGCCAGAAGGGCCCCGCUUCAAGGAGAUGCCCGCUGAUGUCCAGCCAAGCCCUGUCCAGGAGAUGGUGCUGGCUGCAGAUCAAGCUGCUCCUCGUGCCGAGAAGAUGAAGGACUUCUACAUCCCUCCAGGUCAACGACAGCUGGAUCGUAGAGCCAUCGAGAGACUGACAUCAGAACCUGAGGAUGAACCGAUGCCUUAUGAAAGAAGAGUCAGUGAAGCUGAAUUCAAAGUUUCCUCAUUUGAGACACGUCUCAUGACUGAGAUUGAGUACCGCGAGGGAAAGAUCCGCUUCAACAGUGAGACAGAGACCGAGUACGACACAGACCAGCCUGAGGACAGAGUUGGACCAACACAGACCAUGGCUCCUCAGAUCUCACAGACCCUCAAGGACUUCAGGCUCAUUGAGGGGUCUGACGCCACAUUCGUCUGCAAGAUCAUUGGCAGACCUAGGCCAAAGACUGCCUGGUACAAGAAUGGCAAGCGAAUCAAGCGCUCCAGCCGCUACGAGAUCAAGUACACUGCUGAUGGCUACUGCACACUGAAGAUUCGCAUUGCUCUGCCAGAGGACGCAGGUCACUACACAGUGCUCGCCGCCAACUCAGUGGGACGCAACACCUGCUCUGCACAGCUAUAUGUGGACAAAGUUGGCAACAUCGACGCCACCUCCUUCGUUGCUCCAGAAACCCUGGAAAAGAUCUUGAACAAGGGCACUGAGAAGGGCAAGAAGGGACCCGAGGACCAGGGUGGGAUAUUUGAAACUCACACCCGCCCCGUCUUCAAGAAAGUACCAGAAAACAUGGAAGCCCGCGAGGGACAGACUGUGAGAUUUGACUGCCUGGUGUCUGGCCGACCGCUCCCAGAGAUGUUGUGGUUCAGAAACAACCAGCCAGUACAUAAUGACGACAACCAUAAGAUUGUGAUCAACGAGGAUGGAAUUCACUCGCUGAUCAUCUUGUCCGUGACACGGCAGGAUGCUGGCAACUACACCUGCAUUGCCCGCAACAAGGGUGGCGAGGACACGUUUGGAGUGGCUCUCAAUGUACUGGAGCGUCUGCAAAUGCAGCACCCCAAGUUUAUUGAUCGCAUGCAGAACUACACUGUACGGGAAGGUCAUCCUGUGACCUUGACCUGUCAGGCAACUGGUGUCCCCACCCCAAUGAUGAGCUGGCAGAAAGAGGGCAAGAUGCUCACCCCUAACAAGGAAUACAAGAUUGACACUGAAGGUGGAAGGUCAUCUCUGAUCAUUGACCAAGUUGUGCCCUCGGACAAUGCCUGGUUCCAGUGUUCUGCAGUGAAUGUAGCAGGCACUGCCACAACACGAGCAAAGCUGGUCGUUCAAGUUGAAGCCAAGCAGCAAAAGCCUGAAAAGAAAGUCACCUACCCCAAGAGAACAGUUUCACCUCACUAUGACAUUCAGCCUGAAGGCCCUGUGCAGCAGAUCACCUACGUGAAGGAUGGGGAUAGCGCACUCCUGCGAUUGGUCAAAGAGGAGGAUGCCAGAAGUUACUAUGAUAUCCAAGAGAAGGGGCCUGUCCAGCAAAUCAGUUAUGCCUCUGAGACGGAGAGGGGUACACUUAGGAUUAAGUCCCCUCCUGGCAUGGACAGAGAGAGCAGUCCUGACUUAUCUCCCUUGAUCUCCACCCCUGGGGAGUACUACUCCACCCCCAGGGGACGACUGUACGACCCCAUCCUUUCCUCUCCUCCUCCUACCCCAAUGUCCACUGAUCUGUCACUCGAGGACUUUGGGAUCAUUGUCAACAGGAUGCCAGUUGAGGAGCAAAUGCCAGUAUCACCUGUCAAGGCUCCAAAGGCUCCAAUGGCGCCACCCCCAGUACCAAAACCAGCUGCUCCAGUGGCACCACCAAUGGAAACUGAGCAGGAGGAACUUGUUCUGCCCAGUGUUUCUGAAGCUAGGAGAAUGUUUGACAAACCAGACGGUGCCCCACUGCCACCUCCGGCUAAGGUGUCGAAACCUCAGGCACCACCAGCGCCAAGACCAGUGCCACCACCUGUAUCACCAGUGGUGCCUAAACCAGCGCCGAAGUUUGCAGCACCACCAGUGUCACCUGUGGUGCCAACUCCUCAGCCUGUCUUUGUGUCCACUGCUGAACCAAAGGCCAAGAAACCAAGAGAGAUGUCGCCAAGCUAUGACAUCCAAGAGACUGGACCUGUUCAGUUGAUAAGUUAUGCCUCAGACAACGAGAGUGGCUACCUCAGACUCGUAGAUCAAGAGCCCAUCAGGCCAAGGAAGCAACCCAUUGACAGGACUCCAAAGCCAGAAGUAGCACCUGAGCCUCAGAGAAGACCACAGCCACUGGCUCCACCACCGCCGCCACCACCACCACCACCACCACCACCAGCACCACCUAAAGUGGCUCCUAAGGUGGCUCCUAAAGUGGCCCCCAAACCAGCUCCUAAACCGGCACCAAAACCAGCACCAAAACCGGCACCAACACCGGUUCUGAAACCAGUCACUCAGCCACCGAUCUAUGCCCCAUCACCAAUGAUCCAGCCAGUGAUUCAGGCACCACCACCAAUGCGACCGUUCAUAGUAGCACCAUCUCCACGAGUGCCAAUGAUGGCACCGAGACCAAGAGCUCACUCAGUGCCAAGAGUGGCACCACCAAAGGCGCCACCCGCAUCGAUCCGUGUAGUGAAGUUGCCCUCCCCACCCAGGGAGAAGGUCCUUCCGCAGCCGUCACCAGUGGUUACCAUGCCACCGCCACCCACCAAGCCACCUCCACCAACCAUGAUGAAGAAGGCCAAGGCGCCACAAGUGCCAAAGAAGCCUCAGAAGGUCACCUUCGUGCUUCCACCUGGAGAAAGUGAGUACGAGAUCCAGGAGGAAGGACCAGUCCAACUCAUCUCUUACGCCUCAGACACGGAAUAUGGGUCUCUCCGCCUCGUCAAGCAGGAGAAGAAGAGACCUGAGCCCAGACCUCAACCAACAUUUGAGCCAGUCACAGCCACAUUCAAGGUCCCUGAGAAGGAUUACAGACCUGUGGCACCAUCAACACCAGUACCAACUGUUCAGAAAGUUGAGAUGCAGAUUCCACCACAGGCACCUCCAAGCAAACCAGCACCUCCACCUGUGUCACCCAAACCCUCACCAAAGAGGGUUCGUGCACGCAAACCUAAGCCUGAGGAAGAACCUCAGCCAAUCAUAUUGCGACAAGAUUCCUCACCAUGGUGGCCCGAGAGCAUUGAUGUGCCUCAUGCUGUAGACACAUAUCAGAAGGGACCGCCAGUUAUCAUGACGCCAGCGCCACCUGAGAUAUCAAGCGCAAUUCUACUCUUUGAUGCGAGUCAAAAUCUGGACCAGGAGAGUGCUGUCCGCGAGUACAUUCGUCGUGAGGGACAGGAGCCAGAAGCUGGAGAUAUCUUUGACAGGACGAAGCAACGUCCACCCAAGUUCAAGACACAGAUCAAGAACCUGCUGACUCUCAAGGAGAAUGACUCAGCACACUUUGAAUGCAAGCUCAUCCCGAUGGGUGACCCGAACAUGAAGGUCGAGUGGUUCAAGGAUGGAGAGCCUCUCCACCAUGGCCACCGCUUCAAGCCAAUGUAUGACUUUGGUUUUGUAUCCCUGGACAUCUUGUAUGUGUUUGCUGAAGACUCUGGCACAUACACCUGCAAGGCCACUAAUAACUACGGUGAAGCUACAACCAUUGCCGACAUCAAGUGCAGAGCCCGCAAGUCCAUCAUCAUGGACACUCAACUGCCAGGAGAGGGCGCCACUCGUCUCUUUGAGAUGGAAGAGCAUUGGAGAAGUGGUAUGAUGUUGGAGGAACGGGUUAUUGAAGAACCUCAGGUCAAAUGCCCUCCAAGCUUCGACCUCAAGCCUGAGCCAGUUGAAACUGGCGAAGGUGAACCGGCCAAAUUCCUGGUCAAAGUCAGCGGCUUCCCACGACCCCGUGUGUCAUGGUGGGUCAACGGGUCGCUGAUUGUCGGGGGUACAAGAUUCAAGGUAACGUAUGAUGGCAUGAUGCAUUACCUGGAGAUUCCACGUUGUCGUGAGUACGAUGCCGGACAGAUCCGUGUGGUCACCAAGAAUCCUCAAGGUGAAGCCGAGACAAGCACAUCGCUGACGGUUCUUCCAAAGGAGGACUGGCGAGCCAAGCUGAAGCAGGCACCCAAAGGAGAGCUUGAGAUUGAACUUGAGCGUAGAAAGAAAAUUGAGCUCCGUAGUGUGGAACUUGAAACAGCCUUUAAAAAGCCAAAAGCAACUGAAUUUGAACUUCGCCAACUUGAAAAAGCCUCAGAGUCGAAGAUCAAGAUCCGCCGUGAUGACGAGGUCGUCCUUGCGGAACAGCAGUACAUCAGCGUGCACACACAUCUCCAGCCAACCAAGAGGGAUCUGGUUGCUGAGCAUGCUCAGGCAUUUGCUGUCCCCCCUCAGCCAAUGAUCCGGCCUGAUCAGACCCACACCACUCAGAAGCAAGUGACCUUGGCCCAAGGGGAACCACCCGUGUUCUCUAAGCCAUUGCGUCCAGUCCGUGUCACAGAGGGAGUGUCUGUCAAGCUGGAGGUUCAGUUCAAGGGAAGUCCACCCCCUGUCAUCACUUGGUACAGAGACAACUUCGAGGUGCAGAUGUCCAGAGACUUCCAGAUCACCACAACAGACAAGAGCAGCACUCUUCAGAUUCCUGAGGUGUUCAAUGAAGAUGGUGGCAUGUACACUGUGAAAGCCUAUAACAAGUUUGGCAUGGUCCAGUGCAAGGCCAAGAUGACAGUUGUUGAGCCUGAAGAGCCCGAGAGAGUAGCCUCCCCUGAGUUCACAAGUUUGCUGCGUGACAGCUUAACCACCCAGGGAGAGCCCGCCACCUUCGACUGCCAGGUGUCCGCCUACCCCAGGCCACAGGUGUCCUGGACGAAGGAUGGGAAGCCACUGUAUGAGAGCAAGCGGUGGAAGUUCAUUGCCGAGGACAACAACUACACUCUGGUCAUCUAUGAAGUCCAACCAGAAGAUGCUGGCGUCUACGCCUGCAUCAUCAUCAACACUGUUGGCAAGGCAACCUGUACCGCAAGACUCACAGUUGAAUUGCCAAUCCACCCACCAGAGGAGCUGAAGCCUGAGGAGCCUUCUGUAGCCCCAGUUGUGCAGCAACAGCCCCAGCCCAAGGAAGUGGAUGAGGGAGAACCUGUCACAUUCACAUGCAGGAUCACAGGACACCCUCCUCCUGUUGUGUCUUGGUACCGCAACACCCACCUGGUAAAGCAGUCCAAGUACUUCAAGAUGGAGAGUACCCCAGACGGUCUACACACCCUCACCAUCAUGGAGGCCUUCCCCGAGGACAGUGGCACCUACAAGUGUGUCGCUCGCAACACCGGCGGAGAAGUCUCCAGUGUCACAUACCUCAAAGUUCACGGGAUCGAGAGUGAGCCAGAACCCACUCAGCCCCAGGCUAUGCCUCCAAGCUUCAUCAAGCCAAUUUCCAACACUCUAGUUGUGUCAGGCAGCCCAGCUCGCUUCGAGGCUGUCUUCUCAGGACAUCCCACCCCCACAGUCACCUGGAUCAGGAAUGGCAUCCAAACCAUCCAUGAAACUCGGGAGACUACUAUUGAAGUUACUGAGAGCAUGACAACUCUGACUAUUCGACAAGCCUUCCCAGAAGACAGUGGUCUGAUCACGUGUCGCGCCAAGAACCCGGCCGGUAUCUCGGAAUGUUCCGCUGAGCUCUACAUCCAAGAAUUGCCCGAAUCGGAAGAAACAGCCAGUGAAAUCACACAAGUUGAUACCGAUAUAGUGGAGGGUCUGGACGUUGCUCCCACAGUAACAGAAGCUCCAGAGAGGUCUGAAAUUGUUACAAUUGAGACCACUGGAGAUGAAACAACUAAACCUGAGACGGAGGUAGUUUCACAUGAAUUUGUCGUCCAGGAAACGGUGCAAACCGUUUCCGAGGAAGUCAUACAAGAAGAAGCACCUCUUCCCUCUAAAGAGGAAAUCACUCCGGUGAGUGAAGUCACUGAAGUCUCCAUCCCAUUUGAAGUUGAAAAGGAGGAAGAAAUUCCUGAGGAAUCAACAACUGUGGUUGAUGCCUUUGAAGUAAAGGAACAACUGCAGGAGGCAGAAGCAGAAGAAGUUCCUGUUCACACUGCACCUGAAGCAGUGGUGGUAGAGGAGGAAGAGGCUCCAGUCCAACCGGAGGUUCUUCUCCAGGAGGUGCAGAGGGAAGAGGUUCCAGAAAUCCUACAAGCACCUCAAUUCACACAAGCAUUGUCUAAUGUAGAAAUACUUGAAGGACAACCAGCUACUUUCGAGUGCAAGGUAACUGGCAUACCCGUGCCAGAAGUUACCUGGCGUAUUGAUGGUGAGGUCAUUGACGACUCACCAGACUUUCACAUCGUCCAGAAAGAUGAUGGCGUGUGCAGUCUCACCAUCACUGAGACGUACCCCGAGGACGAAGGAGAGUAUGAAUGCCACGCCAUCAAUACCCUUGGAACAGCCACAACCAAAGCAGACCUCUACAUUCAAGACAGAAGAAAGGAGGCUCCAGACGAAGACCAGAUAACCCCAGAAAUUGAAUAUCCUGUUGAUAAACCUGUUGAAGUUGACACAGAUGUUGUAGAUAAAGUAGGUCAUAUAAUGGAAGAGCUGCAGGAGUCAGACACUGAGGAAACAGUUCCUGACAUAUCUGAAGUUGAGGAAACAACAAUUGAAGCGAGUGAAGUGACAAUUGAAGAAAUCACUGAAGAAAUACCCGAGGAGGGUGUUGAGAAACACAAGGAGGAGAUAGUCAUUUCUCUCAAACCUCAACCUGAUGUAACUGAAGUUGAGGAAAUUACCACUGAGGUAAGUGAAGUGACAACUGAAGAAAUCACAGAGGAGAUACCCGAGGAAGGUGUUGAGAAACACAAGGAAGAGAUAGUCAUUUCUCUCAAACCUCAACCUGAUGUAACUGAAGUUGAGGAAACAACAACUGAAGUAAGCGAAGUGACAAUUGAAGAUAUCACUGAAGAAAUACCUGAGGAGGGUGUUGAGAAACACAAGGAGGAGAUAGUAAUUUCUCUCAAACCUCAACCUGAUGUAACUGAAGUUGAGGAAACACCCACUGAAGUAAGCAAAGUGACAAUUAAAGAAAUCACUGAGGAGAUACCUGAGGAGGGUGUUGAGAAACACAAGGAAGAGAUAGUCAUUUCUCUCAAACCUCAACCUGAUGUAACUGAAGUUGAGGAAACAACAACUGAAGUUAGUGAAGUGACAACUGAAGAAAUCACUGAGGAGAUACCUGAGGAGGGUGUUGAGAAACACAAGGAAGAGAUAGUCAUUUCUCUCAAACCUCAACCUGAUGUAACUGAAGUUGAGGAAACAACAACUGAAGUAAGCGAAGUGACAAUUGAAGAUAUCACUGAAGAAAUACCUGAGGAGGGUGUUGAGAAACACAAGGAGGAGAUAGUCAUUUCUCUCAAACCUCAACCUGAUGUAACUGAAGUUGAGGAAACACCCACUGAAGUAAGCGAAGUGACAAUUGAAGAAAUCACUGAGGAGAUACCUGAGGAGGGUGUUGAGAAACACAAGGAAGAGAUAGUCAUUUCUCUCAAACCUCAACCUGAUGUAACUGAAGUUGAGGAAACAACAACUGAAGUUAGUGAAGUGACAAUUGAAGAAAUCACUGAGGAGAUACCUGAGGAGGGUGUUGAGAAACACAAGGAAGAGAUAGUCAUUUCUCUCAAACCUCAACCUGAUGUUACUGAACCUGAAAUAACCACUGUAGUCAGUGAAGUGACAACUGAAGAAAUACCCGAGGAGGAUGUUGAGAAACACAAGGAAGAGAUAAUCAUUUCUCUAAAACCUCAACCUGAUGUUACUGAACCUGAAAUAACCACUGAAGUAAGUGAAGUAACAACUGAAGAAAUCACUGAAGAAAUACCCGAGGUGGGUGUUGAGAAACACAAGGAAGAGAUUGUAAUUUCUCUCAAACCUCAACCUGAUGUUACUGAACCUGAAAUAACCACUGAAGUAAGUGAAGUAACAACUGAAGAAAUCACUGAAGAAAUACCUGAGGUGGGUGUUGAGAAACACAAGGAAGAGAUUGUAAUUUCUCUCAAACCUCAACCUGAUGUUACUGAACCUGAAAUAACCACUGUAGUCAGUGAAGUGACAACUGAAGAAAUAACUGAGGAAAUACCUGAGGAAGGUGUUGAGAAAUACAAGGAAGAGAUAGUCAUUACUCCCAAAACUGAACCUGUUGUCACUGAAGUUGAGGAAACAACCACUGAAGUGAGUGAAGUGACAACUGAAGAAAUAACUGAGGAAAUACCCGAGGAAGGUGUUGAGAAAUACAAGGAAGAGAUAGUCAUUACUCCCAAAACUGAACCUGUUGUCGCUGAAGUUGAGGAAACAACCACUGAAGUGAGUGAAGUGACAACUGAAGAAAUCACUGAGGAAAUUCCUGAGGAGGGUGUUGAGAAACACAAGGAAGAGAUUGUCAUUACUCCCAAAACUGAACCUGUUGUCACUGAAGUUGAAGUGACAGCACCUGAAGACAUCACUGAAACUGUUUUCAGAGAAACUAUUGAAGUGACAAAAGAAAUCACUGAAGCACCAGAGGAAGUGGAAGCUGAAGUGAUUGUUGAGGAAACACCAGAACAGGAGGAGGUUGAGGCAGAAGUAACUAUUGAGGAAGUUCCUACAGAGGAGGUUGAAGCUGAGGUAACCUUUGAAGAAGCACCUGAAAAGGAAGAGGUUGAGGCUGAAGAAAUUCCCCUUGAGGAAAUCACAGAGGAAAUACCCGAGGAGGGUGUUGAAAAGUACAAGGAAGAAAUAGUCAUUACUCCCAAACCUGAACCUGUUGUCACUGAAGUUGAGGAAACAACCACUGAAGUGAGUGAAGUGACAACUGAAGAAAUAACUGAGGAAAUACCCGAGGAAGGUGUUGAGAAAUACAAGGAAGAGAUAGUCAUUACUUCCAAAACUGAACCUGUUGUCACUGAAGUUGAGGAAACAACCACUGAAGUGAGUGAAGUGACAACUGAAGAAAUCACUGAGGAAAUUCCUGAGGAGGGUGUUGAGAAACACAAGGAAGAGAUUGUCAUUACUCCCAAACCUGAACCUGUUGUCACUGAAGUUGAGGAAACAACCACUGAAGUGAGUGAAGUGACAACUGAAGAAAUAACUGAGGAAAUACCCGAGGAAGGUGUUGAAAUGUACAAGGAAGAAAUAGUCAUUACUCCCAAACCUGAACCUGUUGUCACUGAAGUUGAGGAAACAACCACUGAAGUUAGUGAAGUGACAACUGAGGAAAUCACAGAGGAAAUACCCGAGGAGGGUGUUGAAAAGUACAAGGAAGAAAUAGUCAUUUCUCCCAAACCUGAACCUGUUGUCACUGAAGUUGAGGAAACAACCACUGAAGUGAGUGAAGUGACAACUGAAGAAAUAACUGAGGAAAUACCUGAGGAAGGUGUUGAGAAAUACAAGGAAGAGAUAGUCAUUACUCCCAAAACUGAACCUGUUGUCACUGAAGUUGAGGAAACAACCACUGAAGUGAGUGAAGUGACAACUGAAGAAAUUACUGAGGAAAUACCUGAGGAGGGUGUUGAGAAACACAAGGAAGAGAUUGUCAUUACUCCCAAACCUGAACCUGUUGUCACUGAAGUUGAAGUGACAGCACCUGAAGACAUCACUGAAACUGUUUUCAGAGAAACUAUUGAAGUGACAAAAGAAAUCGCUGAAGCACCAGAGGAAGUGGAAGCUGAAGUGAUUGUUGAGGAAGCACCAGAACAGGAGGAGGUUGAGGCAGAAGUAACUAUUGAGGAAGUUCCUACAGAGGAGGUUGAAGCUGAGGUAACCUUUGAAGAAGCACCUGAAAAGGAAGAGGUUGAGGCUGAAGAAAUUCCCCUUGAGGAAAUCACAGAGGAAAUACCCGAGGAGGGUGUUGAAAAGUACAAGGAAGAAAUAGUCAUUACUCUCAAACCUGAACCUGUUGUCACUGAAGUUGAGGAAACAACCACUGAAGUGAGUGAAGUGACAACUGAAGAAAUAACUGAGGAAAUACCCGAGGAAGGUGUUGAGAAAUACAAGGAAGAGAUAGUCAUUACUCCCAAAACUGAACCUGUUGUCGCUGAAGUUGAGGAAACAACCACUGAAGUGAGUGAAGUGACAACUGAAGAAAUCACUGAGGAAAUUCCUGAGGAGGGUGUUGAGAAACACAAGGAAGAGAUUGUCAUUACUCCCAAACCUGAACCUGUUGUCACUGAAGUUGAGGAAACAACCACUGAAGUGAGUGAAGUGACAACUGAAGAAAUAACUGAGGAAAUACCCGAGGAAGGUGUUGAAAUGUACAAGGAAGAAAUAGUCAUUACUCCCAAACCUGAACCUGUUGUCACUGAAGUUGAGGAAACAACCACUGAAGUUAGUGAAGUGACAACUGAGGAAAUCACAGAGGAAAUACCCGAGGAGGGUGUUGAAAAGUACAAGGAAGAAAUAGUCAUUUCUCCCAAACCUGAACCUGUUGUCACUGAAGUUGAGGUAACAACCACUGAAGUGAGUGAAGUGACAACUGAAGAAAUAACUGAGGAAAUACCCGAGGAAGGUGUUGAGAAAUACAAGGAAGAGAUAGUCAUUACUCCCAAAACUGAACCUGUUGUCACUGAAGUUGAGGAAACAACCACUGAAGUGAGUGAAGUGACAACUGAAGAAAUUACUGAGGAAAUUCCUGAGGAGGGUGUUGAGAAACACAAGGAAGAGAUUGUCAUUACUCCCAAAACUGAACCUGUUGUCACUGAAGUUGAAGUGACAGCACCUGAAGACAUCACUGAAACUGUUUUCAGAGAAACCAUUGAAGUGACAAAAGAAAUCACUGAAGCACCAGAGGAAGUGGAAGCUGAAGUGAUUGUUGAGGAAACACCAGAACAGGAAGAGGUUGAGGCAGAAAUAACUAUUGAGGAAGUUCCUGAAAAGGAAGAGGUUGAGGCAGAAGUAACUAUUGAGGAAGUUCCUACAGAGGAGGUUGAAGCUGAGGUUACCUUUGAAGAAGCACCUGAAAAGGAAGAGGUUGAGGCUGAAGAAAUUACCCUUGAGGAAAUCACAGAGGAAAUACCCGAGGAGGGUGUUGAAAAGUACAAGGAAGAAAUAGUCAUUUCUCCCAAACCUGAACCUGUUGUCACUGAAGUUGAGGAAACAACCACUGAAGUGAGUGAAGUGACAACUGAAGAAAUAACUGAGGAAAUACCUGAGGAAGGUGUUGAGAAAUACAAGGAAGAGAUAGUCAUUACUCCCAAAACUGAACCUGUUGUCACUGAAGUUGAGGAAACAACCACUGAAGUGAGUGAAGUGACAACUGAAGAAAUUACUGAGGAAAUACCUGAGGAGGGUGUUGAGAAACACAAGGAAGAGAUUGUCAUUACUCCCAAACCUGAACCUGUUGUCACUGAAGUUGAAGUGACAGCACCUGAAGACAUCACUGAAACUGUUUUCAGAGAAACUAUUGAAGUGACAAAAGAAAUCGCUGAAGCACCAGAGGAAGUGGAAGCUGAAGUGAUUGUUGAGGAAGCACCAGAACAGGAGGAGGUUGAGGCAGAAGUAACUAUUGAGGAAGUUCCUACAGAGGAGGUUGAAGCUGAGGUAACCUUUGAAGAAGCACCUGAAAAGGAAGAGGUUGAGGCUGAAGAAAUUCCCCUUGAGGAAAUCACAGAGGAAAUACCCGAGGAGGGUGUUGAAAAGUACAAGGAAGAAAUAGUCAUUACUCUCAAACCUGAACCUGUUGUCACUGAAGUUGAGGAAACAACCACUGAAGUGAGUGAAGUGACAACUGAAGAAAUAACUGAGGAAAUACCCGAGGAAGGUGUUGAGAAAUACAAGGAAGAGAUAGUCAUUACUCCCAAAACUGAACCUGUUGUCGCUGAAGUUGAGGAAACAACCACUGAAGUGAGUGAAGUGACAACUGAAGAAAUCACUGAGGAAAUUCCUGAGGAGUGUGUUGAGAAAUACAAGGAAGAGAUUGUCAUUACUCCCAAACCUGAACCUGUUGUCACUGAAGUUGAGGAAACAACCACUGAAGUGAGUGAAGUGACAACUGAAGAAAUAACUGAGGAAAUACCCGAGGAAGGUGUUGAAAUGUACAAGGAAGAAAUAGUCAUUACUCCCAAACCUGAACCUGUUGUCACUGAAGUUGAGGAAACAACCACUGAAGUUAGUGAAGUGACAACUGAGGAAAUCACAGAGGAAAUACCCGAGGAGGGUGUUGAAAAGUACAAGGAAGAAAUAGUCAUUUCUCCCAAACCUGAACCUGUUGUCACUGAAGUUGAGGUAACAACCACUGAAGUGAGUGAAGUGACAACUGAAGAAAUAACUGAGGAAAUACCCGAGGAAGGUGUUGAGAAAUACAAGGAAGAGAUAGUCAUUACUCCCAAAACUGAACCUGUUGUCACUGAAGUUGAGGAAACAACCACUGAAGUGAGUGAAGUGACAACUGAAGAAAUUACUGAGGAAAUUCCUGAGGAGGGUGUUGAGAAACACAAGGAAGAGAUUGUCAUUACUCCCAAAACUGAACCUGUUGUCACUGAAGUUGAAGUGACAGCACCUGAAGACAUCACUGAAACUGUUUUCAGAGAAACCAUUGAAGUGACAAAAGAAAUCACUGAAGCACCAGAGGAAGUGGAAGCUGAAGUGAUUGUUGAGGAAACACCAGAACAGGAAGAGGUUGAGGCAGAAAUAACUAUUGAGGAAGUUCCUGAAAAGGAAGAGGUUGAGGCAGAAGUAACUAUUGAGGAAGUUCCUACAGAGGAGGUUGAAGCUGAGGUUACCUUUGAAGAAGCACCUGAAAAGGAAGAGGUUGAGGCUGAAGAAAUUACCCUUGAGGAAAUCACAGAGGAAAUACCCGAGGAGGGUGUUGAAAAGUACAAGGAAGAAAUAGUCAUUACUCCCAAACCUGAACCUGUUGUCACUGAAGUUGAGGAAACAACCAUUGAAGUGAGUGAAGUGACAACUGAAGAAAUAACUGAGGAAAUACCCGAGGAAGGUGUUGAGAAAUACAAGGAAGAGAUAGUCAUUACUCCCAAAACUGAACCUGUUGUCACUGAAGUUGAGGAAACAACCACUGAAGUGAGUGAAGUGACAACUGAAGAAAUCACUGAGGAAAUUCCUGAGGAGGGUGUUGAGAAACACAAGGAAGAGAUUGUCAUUACUCCCAAAACUGAACCUGUUGUCACUGAAGUUGAAGUGACAGCACCCGAAGACAUCACUGAAACUGUUUUCAGAGAAACCAUUGAAGUGACAAAAGAAAUCACUGAAGCACCAGAGGAAGUGGAAGCUGAAGUGAUUGUUGAGGAAACUCCAGAACAGGAAGAGGUUGAGGCAGAAAUAACUAUUGAGGAAGUUCCUGAAAAGGAAGAGGAUGAGGCAGAAGUAACUAUUGAGGAAGUUCCUACAGAGGAGGCUGAAGCUGAGGUUACCUUUGAAGAAGCACCUGAAAAGGAAGAGGUUGAGGCUGAAGAAAUUGCCCUUGAGGAAAUCACAGAGGAAAUACCCGAAGAGGGUGUUGAAAAGUACAAGGAAGAAAUAGUCAUUACUCCCAAACCUGAACCUGUUGUCACUGAAGUUGAGGAAACAACCACUGAAGUGAGUGAAGUGACAACUGAAGAAAUAACUGAGGAAAUACCCGAGGAAGGUGUUGAGAAAUACAAGGAAGAGAUAGUCAUUACUCCCAAAACUGAACCUGUUGUCACUGAAGUUGAGGAAACAACCACUGAAGUGAGUGAAGUGACAACUGAAGAAAUCACUGAGGAAAUUCCUGAGGAGGGUGUUGAGAAACACAAGGAAGAGAUUGUCAUUACUCCCAAAACUGAACCUGUUGUCACUGAAGUUGAAGUGACAGCACCUGAAGACAUCACUGAAACUGUUUUCAGAGAAACCAUUGAAGUGACAAAAGAAAUCACUGAAGCACCAGAGGAAGUGGAAGCUGAAGUGAUUGUUGAGGAAACACCAGAACAGGAAGAGGUUGAGGCAGAAAUAACUAUUGAGGAAGUUCCUGAAAAGGAAGACGUUGAGGCAGAAGUAACUAUUGAGGAAGUUCCUACAGAGGAGGUUGAAGCUGAGGUUACCUUUGAAGAAGCACCUGAAAAGGAAGAGGUUGAGGCUGAAGAAAUUACCCUUGAGGAAAUCACAGAGGAAAUACCCGAGGAGGGUGUUGAAAAGUACAAGGAAGAAAUAGUCAUUACUCCCAAACCUGAACCUGUUGUCACUGAAGUUGAGGAAACAACCAUUGAAGUGAGUGAAGUGACAACUGAAGAAAUAACUGAGGAAAUACCCGAGGAAGGUGUUGAGAAAUACAAGGAAGAGAUAGUCAUUACUCCCAAAACUGAACCUGUUGUCACUGAAGUUGAGGAAACAACCACUGAAGUGAGUGAAGUGACAACUGAAGAAAUCACUGAGGAAAUUUCUGAGGAGGGUGUUGAGAAACACAAGGAAGAGAUUGUCAUUACUCCCAAAACUGAACCUGUUGUCACUGAAGUUGAAGUGACAGCACCCGAAGACAUCACUGAAACUGUUUUCAGAGAAACCAUUGAAGUGACAAAAGAAAUCACUGAAGCACCAGAGGAAGUGGAAGCUGAAGUGAUUGUUGAGGAAACACCAGAACAGGAAGAGGUUGAGGCAGAAGUAACUAUUGAGAAAGUUCCUGAAAAGGAAGAGGUUGAGGCAGAAGUAACUAUUGAGGAAGUUCCUACAGAGGAGGCUGAAGCUGAGGUUACCUUUGAAGAAGCACCUGAAAAGGAAGAGGUUGAGGCUGAAGAAAUUGCCCUUGAGGAAAUCACAGAGGAAAUACCCGAAGAGGGUGUUGAAAAGUACAAGGAAGGAAUAGUCAUUACUCCCAAACCUGAACCUGUUGUCACUGAAGUUGAGGAAACAACCACUGAAAUGAGUGAAGUGACAACUGAGGAAAUCACUGAGGAAAUACCCGAGGAGGGUGUUGAAAAGUACAAGGAAGAGAUAGUUAUUGCUCCCAAACCUGAACCUGUUGUCACUGAAGUUGAGGAAACAACCACUGAAGUGAGUGAAGUGACAACUGAAGAAAUAACUGAGGAAAUACCCGAGGAAGGUGUUGAGAAAUACAAGGAAGAGAUUGUCAUUACUCCCAAAACUGAACCUGUUGUCACUGAAGUUGAGGAAACAACCACUGAAGUUAGUGAAGUGACAACUGAAGAAAUCACUGAGGAAAUUCCUGAGGAGGGUGUUGAGAAACACAAGGAAGAGAUUGUCAUUACUCCCAAAACUGAACCUGUUGUCACUGAAGUUGAAGUGACAGCACCUGAAGACAUCACUGAAACUGUUUUCAGAGAAACUAUUGAAGUGACAAAAGAAAUCACUGAAACAACAGACGAAGUGGAAGCUGAAGUGAUUAUUGAGGAAACACCAGAACAGGAAGAGGUUGAGGCAGAAAUAACUAUUGAGGAAGUUCCUGAAAAGGAAGAAGUUGAGGCAGAAGUAACUAUUAAGGAAGUUCCUACAGAGGAGGUUGAAGCUGAGGUUACCUUUGAAGAAGCACCUGAAAAGGAAGAGGUUGAGGCUGAAGAAAUUCCCCUUGAGGAAAUCACAGAGGAAAUACCCGAGGAGGGUGUUGAAAAAUACAAGGAAGAAAUAGUCAUUACUCCCAAACCUGAACCUGUUGUCACUGAAAAUGAGGAAACAACCACUGAAGUGAGUGAAGUGACAACUGAAGAAAUAACUGAGGAAAUACCCGAGGAAGGUGUUGAGAAAUACAAGGAAGAGAUAGUCAUUACUCCCAAAACUGAACCUGUUGUCACUGAAGUUGAGGAAACAACCACUGAAGUGAGUGAAGUGACAACUGAAGAAAUCACUGAGGAAAUUCCUGAGGAGGGUGUUGAGAAACACAAGGAAGAGAUUGUCAUUACUCCCAAAACUGAACCUGUUGUCACUGAAGUUGAAGUGACAGCACCCGAAGACAUCACUGAAACUGUUUUCAGAGAAACCAUUGAAGUGACAAAAGAAAUCACUGAAGCACCAGAGGAAGUGGAAGCUGAAGUGAUUGUUGAGGAAACACCAGAACAGGAAGAGGUUGAGGCAGAAGUAACUAUUGAGGAAGUUCCUACAGAGGAGGUUGAAGCUGAGGUUACCUUUGAAGAAGCACCUGAAAAGGAAAAGGUUGAGGCUGAAGAAAUUACCCUUGAGGAAAUCACAGAGGAAAUACCCGAGGAGGGUGUUGAAAAGUACAAGGAAGAAAUAGUCAUUACUCCCAAACCUGAACCUGUUGUCACUGAAGUUGAGGAAACAACCAUUGAAGUGAGUGAAGUGACAACUGAAGAAAUAACUGAGGAAAUACCCGAGGAAGGUGUUGAGAAAUACAAGGAAGAGAUAGUCAUUACUCCCAAAACUGAACCUGUUGUCACUGAAGUUGAGGAAACAACCACUGAAGUGAGUGAAGUGACAACUGAAGAAAUCACUGAGGAAAUUCCUGAGGAGGGUGUUGAGAAACACAAGGAAGAGAUUGUCAUUACUCCCAAAACUGAACCUGUUGUCACUGAAGUUGAAGUGACAGCACCUGAAGACAUCACUGAAACUGUUUUCAGAGAAACCAUUGAAGUGACAAAAGAAAUCACUGAAGCACCAGAGGAAGUGGAAGCUGAAGUGAUUGUUGAGGAAACACCAGAACAGGAAGAGGUUGAGGCAGAAAUAACUAUUGAGGAAGUUCCUGAAAAGGAAGAGGUUGAGGCAGAAGUAACUAUUGAGGAAGUUCCUACAGAGGAGGUUGAAGCUGAGGUUACCUUUGAAGAAGCACCUGAAAAGGAAGAGGUUGAGGCUGAAGAAAUUGCCCUUGAGGAAAUCACAGAGGAAAUACCCGAGGAGGGUGUUGAAAAGUACAAGGAAGAAAUAGUCAUUACUCCCAAACCUGAACCUGUUGUCACUGAAGUUGAGGAAACAACCACUGAAGUGAGUGAAGUGACAACUGAAGAAAUAACUGAGGAAAUACCCGAGGAAGGUGUUGAGAAAUACAAGGAAGAGAUAGUCAUUACUCCCAAAACUGAACCUGUUGUCACUGAAGUUGAGGAAACAACCACUGAAGUGAGUGAAGUGACAACUGAAGAAAUCACUGAGGAAGUUCCUGAGGAGGGUGUUGAGAAACACAAGGAAGAGAUUGUCAUUACUCCCAAAACUGAACCUGUUGUCACUGAAGUUGAAGUGACAGCACCUGAAGACAUCACUGAAACUGUUUUCAGAGAAACUAUUGAAGUGACAAAAGAAAUCACUGAAGCACCAGAGGAAGUGGAAGCUGAAGUGAUUGUUGAGGAAACACCAGAACAGGAAGAGGUUGAGGCAGAAGUAACUAUUGAGGAAGUUCCUACAGAGGAGGUUGAAGCUGAGGUUACCUUUGAAGAAGCACCUGAAAAGGAAGAGGUUGAGGCUGGAGAAAUUGCCCUUGAGGAAAUCACAGAGGAAAUACCCGAGGAGGGUGUUGAAAAGUACAAGGAAGAAAUAGUCAUUACUCCCAAACCUGAACCUGUUGUCACUGAAGUUGAGGAAACAACCACUGAAGUGAGUGAAGUGACAACUGAAGAAAUAACUGAGGAAAUACCCGAGGAAGGUGUUGAAAAGUACAAGGAAGAAAUAGUCAUUACUCCCAAACCUGAACCUGUUGUCACUGAAGUUGAGGAAACAACCACUGAAGUGAGUGAAGUGACAACUGAAGAAAUAACUGAGGAAAUACCCGAGGAAGGUGUUGAGAAAUACAAGGAAGAGAUAGUCAUUACUCCCAAAACUGAACCUGUUGUCACUGAAGUUGAGGAAACAACCACUGAAGUGAGUGAAGUGACAACUGAAGAAAUCACUGAGGAAAUUCCUGAGGAGGGUGUUGAGAAACACAAGGAAGAGAUUGUCUUUACUCCCAAAACUGAACCUGUUGUCACUGAAGUUGAAGUGACAGCACCUGAAGACAUCACUGAAACUGUUUUCAGAGAAACUAUUGAAGUGACAAAAGAAAUCACUGAAGCACCAGAGGAAGUGGAAGCUGAUGUGAUUGUUGAGGAAACACCAGAACAGGAAGAGGUUGAGGCAGAAGUAACUAUUGAGGAAGUUCCUGAAAAGGAAGACGUUGAGGCAGAAGAAACUAUUGAGGAAGUUCCUACAGAGGAGGCUGAAGCUGAGGUUACCUUUGAAGAAGCACCUGAAAAGGAAGAGGUUGAGGCUGAAGAAAUUGCCCUUGAGGAAAUCACAGAGGAAAUACCCGAGGAAGGUGUUGAAAAGUACAAGGAAGAAAUAGUCAUUACUCCCAAACCUGAACCUGUUGUCACUGAAGUUGAGGAAACAACCACUGAAGUGAGUGAAGUGACAACUGAAGAAAUAACUGAGGAAAUACCUGAGGAAGGUGUUGAGAAAUACAAGGAAGAGAUAGUCAUUACUCCCAAAACUGAACCUGUUGUCACUGAAGUUGAGGAAACAACCACUGAAGUGAGUGAAGUGACAACUGAAGAAAUCACUGAGGAAAUUCCUGAGGAGGGUGUUGAGAAACACAAGGAAGAGAUUGUCAUUACUCCCAAACCUGAACCUGUUGUCACUGAAGUUGAAGUGACAGCACCUGAAGACAUCACUGAAACUGUUUUCAGAGAAACUAUUGAAGUGACAAAAGAAAUCACUGAAGCACCAGAGGAAGUGGAAGCUGAAGUGAUUGUUGAGGAAACACCAGAACAGGAAGAGGUUGAGGCAGAAGUAACUAUUGAGGAAGUUCCUGAAAAGGAAGAGGUUGAGGCAGAAGUAACUAUUGAGGAAGUUCCUACAGAGGAGGUUGAAGCUGAGGUUACCUUUGAAGAAGCACCUGCUAAGGAAGAAGUUGAGGCAGAAGUAACUUUUGUGGAAGUUCCUACAGAGGAGGUUGAAGCUGAGGUUACCUUUGAAGAAGCACCUGAAAAGGAAGAGGUUGAGGCUGAAGAAAUUGCCCUUGAGGAAAUCACAGAGGAAAUACCUGAGGAGGGUGUUGAAAAGUACAAGGAAGAAAUAGUCAUUACUCCCAAACCUGAACCUGUUGUCACUGAAGUUGAGGAAACAACCACUGAAGUGAGUGAAGUGACAACUGAAGAAAUCACUGAGGAAAUUCCUGAGGAGGGUGUUGAGAAACACAAGGAAGAGAUUGUCUUUACACCCAAAACUGAACCUGUUGUUACUGAAGUUGAAGUGACAGCACCUGAAGACAUCACUGAAACUGUUUUCAGAGAAACUAUUGAAGUGACAAAAGAAAUCACUGAAGCACCAGAGGAAGUGGAAGCUGAAGUGAUUGUUGAGGAAACACCAGAACAGGAAGAGGUUGAGGCAGAAGUAACUAUUGAGGAAGUUCCUGAAAAGGAAGAGUUUGAGGCAGAAGUAACUUUUGAGGAAGUUCCUACAGAGGAUGUUGAAGCAGAAGUUACCUUUGGAGAAGAACCUGAAGAGGUUGAGGCAGAAGUAACUGCUGGGGAAACUCCUGAAAUGGAGGUUGAAGCAGAAUUGACUGUUGAGAAAGAACUUGAGAAGGAGGAGGUUGAGGCAGAGUUGACAUUUGAAGAAGCCUCUGAAAAGGAACUUACAGACUUUGAAGUUUCAGAUGAUGAAGAAACGGUUGGCAUUUCAGAAAAGCUCAUGAGUAAAGAUGAAGAGAAAUUUAUUGCUUUGUCUGAUGAAUCUGAUAUCACUGAUGAUGAAUUAUCUGAAUGGUCAGAUGAAGAUUAUGCCCAGGAGUCUGACAAAUCUGCAGCUCUUCCUUCUGACCUUGAUCAGCUAGAUCAUGUAACCCCUGUCAAAAAACUCUCAGGUACACAGGAUAUUUCAAUAGAUACUGUGGAAUUAAAGAUGGCCCCCCAAGAUGAUGAAGAAGGUCCUGUUGACAAAGCACCCUCAGAGGAGGAAGUGCUUUCUGAAAAAGAGAGACUUACUGCAGAAGAAGAGAAGGAAGUCGUGUCUGAUGAAGAACGGAAAGAGAUUGAAGAAACUGUGCAACUCUCUGUGGCAGAAGUAUCCCAGGAGAAGGAGUACCCCGAGUUCACCCAGUUCUUGGAGAACGUCUCUGUUAAGGAUGGCAGCUCUGCUCGUCUUGUGUGUCGUGUUGCCUGCAUGUCGCCUCCCAACAUUAACUGGUUUAGAGACAGGCAGCUCAUUGUUUCCUCGGACGAGUUCCAGAUUACUUACAAUGAUGAUCUGUGCAUGUUGUAUAUUCCCGAGAUAUUCCCAGAGGAUGCUGGCGUUUAUGAAGUUGUCGCAGAAAACGCCCAUGGCGCUACCUCUACUUCUGCACAGCUUCAUGUAGAAGCUGAAGAAAUCAUCGAGGAAACUGUGGAGAAGGUCGAAGGAAUUGCACCCACCUUCCAACAGAAACCCAAAUACCAGAAUGUCGACGAGAGAACCAAUGUUGUCUUCGAGGGAAGAGUUGUGGCCCUUCCUGAACCUGAGAUCGUGUGGCUCCGUGAUGGUGUGAAGAUCGAACCCACCGAUCGUCAUCGUGUGACAAUCAACAAAGAUGUCCACAUGUAUCAUGUGAGUCUGGAGAUUGACAGCGCCACUCCUGAAGAUGCUGGAAAUUAUGAAGUCAUUGCCACUAACGAACAUGGUGAAGCUACGGUGAAAGUUUCUCUUGUUGUCAAAGAAGAAGUUGUGGAACAAGUGGACUUCCGGUCUGCCCUUAAGACAAGAGUGACAACAAAAGUCGGAAUGCAUCACUCUGUUAAACAAAUGGACUUCCGACAUCUCUUAAAAGAAGGUCAUAUCACAUCCACUAAGCAUAUUUCACUCACCACUGAACAGGAGGAGGUCGUUGAGGAAACAGCAAUUGAGGUCGUUGAGGAAACAGCACCUGAGGUCAUCGAGGAGAUCCCAACUGCAGAGGUCUCCAUUGAGGAGGAGAAACCAAUACUUGUUGCCCCAGAGUUCAUCACCAAGAUACAAGAUGUCAGUGUUCGUGAACGGGAAACUGCACGUUUCGAGUGCAAGGUGAAAGGUGAACCUGCCCCAAGUGUGGUGUGGUAUCAUGAUGGAACUCCCCUCAAGUCCGACGACAUCUACCAGAUUGUCCCCGGUCCCGAUGGAGAGAGUGCUCUGGUCCUGCCAGAAGCCUACCCCGAGGAUGCCGGAACAUACUCUGUCAUGGCCAAGAACGAUGUCGGCCAGGUGGAGUGCCAAGCUGUCCUCACAAUCAUUGAGAGCAUCUCCGAGACCAGUUCCAUCAGCUCCAAGCAUGAAGAGGAGGCCGAGGAGAUCCUGCCUGAAGACACCGCCGAGCAGGCGGCCAUCAAGAUACAGUCAGCCUUCCGGGGCUACAAGGCUCGAGAACAGGUGAAGGUGAUGAAACAACAGAUUUCUGUCGUGGACACCGACAUCACCAUCACAGAGGAGGUUCAGGAGAUUGAAGAAGAAUCGGAAACCGCUUUACAAGAAAUUCCUUUCCUGGAGGAAGAACAACCAGUAGUCAAAAAAGUGGAAGCUGGAAUUACGGUUGAAGUAGAAAAGCCAAAGGUUGAGGAGCUUACCAUUGAGGAGGAGGAGAAAUCAGUGGUUGAGGAAGUUCAAGCCGAAAUCUCCAUUGAGGAGGAGGAGAAACCAGUGGUUGAGGAAGUUGAGGCCGAAAUCUCCAUUGAGGAGGAGGAGAAACCAGUGGUUGAGGAAGUUCAAGCCGAAAUCUCCAUUGAGGAGGAGGAGAAACCAGUGGUUGAGGAAGUUCAAGCCGAAAUCUCCAUUGAGGAGGAGGAGAAACCAGUGGUUGAGGAAGUUGAGGCCGAAAUCUCCAUUGAGGAGGAGGAGAAACCAGUGGUUGAGGAAGUUCAAGCCGAAGUCUUCAUUGAGGAGGAGGAGAAACCAGUGGUUGAGGAAGUUGAGGCCGAAAUCUCCAUUGAGGAGGAGGAGAAACCAGUGGUUGAGGAAGUUCAAGCCGAAAUCACCAUUGAGGAGGAGGAGAAACCAGUGGUUGAGGAAGUUCAAGCCGAAAUGUCCAUUGAGGAGGAGGAGAAACCAGUGGUUGAGGAAGUUCAAGCCGAAAUCUCCAUUGAGGAGGAGGAGAAACCAGUGGUUGAGGAAGUUGAAGCCGAAAUCUCCAUUGAGGAGGAGGAGAAACCAGUGGUUGAGGAAGUUCAAGCCAAAAUCUCCAUUGAGGAGGAAGAGAAACCAGAGGUUGAAGAAGUUCAAGCCGAAAUCUCCAUUGAGGAGGAGGAGAAACCAGUGGUUGAGGAAGUUCAAGCCGAAAUCUCCAUUGAGGAGGAGGAGAAACCAGUGGUUGAGGAAGUUGAGGCCGAAAUCUCCAUUGAGGAGGAGGAGAAACCAGUGGUUGAGGAAGUUCAAGCCGAAAUCUCCAUUGAGGAGGAGGAGAAACCAGUGGUUGAGGAAGUUCAAGCCGAAAUCUCCAUUGAGGAGGAGGAGAAACCAGUGGUUGAGGAAGUUGAAGCCGAAAUCACCAUUGAGGAGGAGGAGAAACCAGUGGUUGAGGAAGUUGAGGCUGAAAUCACCAUUGAGGAGGAGGAGAAACCAGUGGUUGAGGAAGUUGAGGCUGAAAUCUCCAUUGAGGAGGAGGAGAAACCAGUGGUUGAGGAAGUUCAAGCCGAAAUCUCCAUUGAGGAGGAGGAGAAACCAGUGGUUGAGGAAGUUCAAGCCGAAAUCACCAUUGAGGAGGAGGAGAAACCAGUGGUUGAGGAAGUUCAAGCCGAAAUCUCCAUUGAGGAGGAGGAGAAACCAGUGGUUGAGGAAGUUCAAGCCGAAAUCUCCAUUGAGGAGGAGAAACCAGUGGUUGAGGAAGUUCAAGCCGAAAUCUCCAUUGAGGAGGAGGAGAAACAAGUGGUUGAGGAAGUUCAAGCCGAAAUCUCCAUUGAGGAGGAGGAGAAACCAGAGGUUGAGGAAGUUCAAGCCGAAAUCUCCAUUGAGGAGGAGGAGAAACCAGUGGUUGAGGAAGUUGAAGCCAAAAUCACCAUUGAGGAGGAGGAGAAACCAGUGGUUGAGGAAGUUGAGACCGAAAUCUCCAUUGAGGAGGAGGAGAAACCAGUGGUUGAGGAAGUUCAAGCCGAAAUCUCCAUUGAGGAGGAGGAGAAACCAGUGGUUGAGGAAGUUGAGACCGAAAUCUCCAUUGAGGAGGAGGAGAAACCAGUGGUUGAGGAAGUUGAGGCCGAAAUCUCCAUUGAGGAGGAGGAGAAACCAGUGGUUGAGGAAGUUGAGGCCGAAAUCUCCAUUGAGGAGGAGGAGAAACCAGUGGUUGAGGAAGUUGAAGCCGAAAUCUCCAUUGAGGAGGAGGAGAAACCAGUGGUUGAGGAAGUUCAAGCCGAAAUCUCCAUUGAGGAGGAGGAGAAACCAGUGGUUGAGGAAGUUGAGGCCGAAAUCUCCAUUGAGGAGGAGGAGAAACCAGUGGUUGAGGAAGUUCAAGCCGAAAUCUCCAUUGAGGAGGAGGAGAAACCAGUGGUUGAGGAAGUUCAAGCCGAAAUCUCCAUUGAGGAGGAGGAGAAACCAGUGGUUGAAGAAGUUGAGGCCGAAAUCUCCAUUGAGGAGGAGGAGAAACCAGUGGUUGAGGAAGUUCAAGCCAAAAUCUCCAUUGAGGAGGAGGAGAAACCAGUGGUUGAGGAAGUUCAAGCCGAAAUCUCCAUUGAGGAGGAGGAGAAACCAGUGGUUGAGGAAGUUCAAGCCGAAAUCUCCAUUGAGGAGGAGGAGAAACCAGUGGUUGAGGAAGUUCAAGCCGAAAUCUCCAUUGAGGAGGAGGAGAAACCAGUGGUUGAGGAAGUUCAAGCCGAAAUCUCCAUUGAGGAGGAGGAGAAACCAGUGGUUGAGGAAGUUCAAGCCAGAAUCACCAUUGAGGAGGAGGAGAAACCAGUGGUUGAGGAAGUUCAAGCUGAAAUCUCCAUUGAGGAGGAGGAAAAACCAGUGGUUGAGGAAGUUGAAGCCGAAAUCACCAUUGAGGAGGAGGAGAAACCAGUGGUUGAGGAAGUUGAAGCUGAAAUCUCCAUUGAGGAGGAGGAGAAACCAGUGGUUGAGGAAGUUCAAGCCGAAAUCUCCAUUGAGGAGGAGGAGAAACCAGUGGUUGAGGAAGUUCAAGCCGAAAUCUCCAUUGAGGAGGAGGAGAAACCAGUGGUUGAGGAAGUUGAGGCCGAAAUCUCCAUUGAGGAGGAGGAGAAACCAGUGGUUGAGGAAGUUGAGGCCGAAAUCUCCAUUGAGGAGGAGGAGAAACCAGUGGUUGAGGAAGUUGAGGCCGAAAUCACCAUUGAGGAGGAGGAGAAACCAGUGGUUGAGGAAGUUCAAGCCGAAAUCUCCAUUGAGGAGGAGGAGAAACCAGUGGUUGAGGAAGUUCAAGCCGAAAUCUCCAUUGAGGAGGAGGAGAAACCAGUGGUUGAGGAAGUUCAAGCCGAAAUCUCCAUUGAGGAGGAGGAGAAACCAGUGGUUGAGGAAGUUCAAGCCGAAAUCUCCAUUGAGGAGGAGGAGAAACCAGUGGUUGAGGAAGUUGAGGCCGAAAUCUCCAUUGAGGAGGAAGAGAAAUCAGUGGUUGAGGAAGUUGAGGCCGAAAUCUCCAUUGAGGAGGAGAAACCAAUUGUAGAGGAAAUUCAAGCCGAAAUCAUUGUUGAGGAUGAAAAACCAAUGGUUGAGGAAGUUGAAGCUGAAAUCUCAAUUGAGGAGGAGAAACCAAUUGUUGAGAAAAUUCAAGCUGAAAUUAUUAUUGAGGACGAAAAACCAAUGGUUGAGGAAAUUGAAGCUGAAAUCUUAAUUGAAGAAGAAAAACCAACCGUGGAGGAAAUUCAAGCUGAAAUUAUUGUUGAGGAUGACAAACCAGUUGUUGAGGAAGUUGAAGCUGAAAUCUCAAUUGAAAAAGAGAAAACAAUCAUGGAGGAAAUUAAAGCUGAAAUUAUUGUUGAGGAUGAAAAACCAGUUGUUGAGGAAGUUGAAGCUGAAGUCUCAAUUGAAGAAGAAAAACCAAUCGUGGAGGAAAUUCAAGCUGAAAUUAUUGUUGAGGAUCAAAAACCAGUUCUGGAGGAAGUUGAAGCUGAAGUCUCAAUUGAAGAAGAAAAACCAAUCGUGGAGGAAAUUCAAGCUGAAAUUAUUGUUGAGGAUCAAAAACCAGUUGUGGAGGAAUUUGAAGCUGAAAUCACGAUUGAGGAAGAAAAACCAGUUGUUGAGGAAAUUCAAGCUGAAAUUAUUGUUGAGGAUGAAAAACCAAUGGUUGAGGAAGUUGAAGCUGAAAUCUCAAUUGAAGAAGAGAAACCACUUGUUGAGGAAAUUCAAGCUGAAAUUAUUGUUGAGGAUGAAAAACCAAUGGUUGAGGAAGUUGAAGCUGAAAUCUCAAUUGAAGAAGAAAAACCAGUUGUUGAGGAAAUUCAAGCUGAAAUUAUUGUUGAGGAUGAAAAACCAGAAACUGAAGAGGUUGAGGCCAAACUUGUUAUUGAGGAGACACCAGACGUGGAGGAAGUUGAGGCUGGGCUUGUCAUUGAGGAGAAACCCCAAGUGGAGGAAGUUGAGGCUGAACUUGUCAUUGAGGAAACACCAGAAGUAGAGGAAGUUGAAGCUGAACUUGUUAUUGAGGAGAAACCUCAAGUAGAGGAAGUUGAAGCUGAACUUGUUAUUGAGGAGAAACCUCAAGUGGAGGAGGUUGAGGCUGAACUUGUCAUUGAAGAGAAACCUCAAGUAGAGGAAGUUGAAGCUGAACUUGUUAUUGAGGAGACACCAGAAGUGAAGGAAGUUGAGGCUGAACUUGUCAUUGAGGAAACACCACAAGUGGAGGAAGUUGAAGCUGAACUUGUUAUUGAGGAGAAACCUCAAGUAGAGGAAGUUGAAGCCAAACUUGUCAUUGAGGAGACACCUCAAGUGGAGGAGGUUGAGGCCAAACUUGUUAUUGAAGAGACACCAGAAGUAGAGGAAGUUGAAGCCGAACUUGUCAUUGAGGAGAAACCACAAGUGGAGGAAGUUGAGGCCGAAGUUGUUAUUGACGAGACACCAGAAGUAGAGGAAGUUGAAGCUGAACUUGUCAUUGAAGAGAAACCUCAAGUAGAGGAAGUUGAAGCUGAACUUGUCAUUGAGGAGAAACCUCAAGUGGAGGAGGUUGAAGCCGAACUUGUUAUUGAAGAGACACCAGAAGUAGAGGAAGUUGAAGCUGAACUUGUCAUUGAGGAGAAACCACAAGUGGAGGAAGUUGAGGCCGAACUUGUCAUUGAAGAGAAACCUCAAGUAGAGGAAGUUGAAGCUGAACUUGUCAUUGAGGAGAAACCCCAAGUGGAGGAGGUUGAGGCCGAACUUGUUAUUGAAGAGACACCAGAAGUAGAGGAAGUUGAAGCUGAACUUGUCAUUGAGGAGACACCAGAAGUGGAGGAAGCUGAGGCCGAACUUGUUAUUGAGGAGACACCAGAAGUGAAGGAAGUUGAGGCUGAACUUGUCAUUGAGGAAACACCAGAAGUAGAGGAAGUUGAAGCUGAACUUGUUAUUGAGGAGAAACCUCAAGAAGAGGAAGUUGAAGCUGAACUUGUUAUUGAGGAGAAACCUCAAGUGGAGGAGGUUGAGGCUGAACUUGUCAUUGAAGAGAAACCUCAAGUAGAGGAAGUUGAAGCUGAACUUGUCAUUGAGGAGAAACCUCAAGUGGAGGAGGUUGAAGCCGAACUUGUUAUUGAAGAGACACCAGAAGUAGAGGAAGUUGAAGCUGAACUUGUCAUUGAGGAGAAACCACAAGUGGAGGAAGUUGAGGCUGAACUUGUCAUUGAGGAGAAACCUCAAGUGGAGGAAGUUGAGGCUGAACUUGUCAUUGAAGAGAAACCUCAAGUAGAGGAAGUUGAGGCUGAACUUGUCAUUGAAGAGAAACCUCAAGUAGAGGAAGUUGAAGCUGAACUUGUCAUUGAGGAGAAACCCCAAGUGGAGGAGGUUGAGGCCGAACUUGUUAUUGAAGAGACACCAGAAGUAGAGGAAGUUGAAGCUGAACUUGUCAUUGAGGAGACACCAGAAGUGGAGGAAGCUGAGGCCGAACUUGUUAUUGAGGAGACACCAGAAGUGAAGGAAGUUGAGGCUGAACUUGUCAUUGAGGAAACACCAGAAGUAGAGGAAGUUGAAGCUGAACUUGUUAUUGAGGAGAAACCUCAAGAAGAGGAAGUUGAAGCUGAACUUGUUAUUGAGGAGAAACCUCAAGUGGAGGAGGUUGAGGCUGAACUUGUCAUUGAAGAGAAACCUCAAGUAGAGGAAGUUGAAGCUGAACUUGUCAUUGAGGAGAAACCUCAAGUGGAGGAGGUUGAAGCCGAACUUGUUAUUGAAGAGACACCAGAAGUAGAGGAAGUUGAAGCUGAACUUGUCAUUGAGGAGAAACCACAAGUGGAGGAAGUUGAGGCUGAACUUGUCAUUGAGGAGAAACCUCAAGUGGAGGAAGUUGAGGCUGAACUUGUCAUUGAAGAGAAACCUCAAGUAGAGGAAGUUGAGGCUGAACUUGUCAUUGAAGAGAAACCUCAAGUAGAGGAAGUUGAAGCUGAACUUGUCAUUGAGGAGAAACCUCAAGUGGAGGAGGUUGAGGCCAAACUUGUUAUUGCAGAGACACCAGAAUUAGAGGAAGUUGAGGCUGAACUUGUCAUUGAGGAGACACCAGAAGUGAAGGAAGUUGAGGCUGAACUUGUUAUUGAGGAGAAACCUCAAGUAGAGGAAGUUGAAGCUGAACUUGUUAUUGAGGAGAAACCUCAAGUAGAGGAAGUUGAAGCUGAACUUGUUAUUGAGGAGAAACCUCAAGUAGAGGAAGUUGAAGCUGAACUUGUCAUUGAGGAGAAACCUCAAGUGGAGGAGGUUGAGGCCAAACUUGUUAUUGAAGAGACACCAGAAGUAGAGGAAGUUGAGGCUGAACUUGUUAUUGAGGAGAAACCUCAAGUAGAGGAAGUUGAAGCUGAACUUGUUAUUGAGGAGAAACCUCAAGUAGAGGAAGUUGAAGCUGAACUUGUUAUUGAGGAGAAACCUCAAGUAGAGGAAGUUGAAGCUGAACUUGUCAUUGAGGAGAAACCACAAGUUGAUGAAGUUGAGGCCGAACUUGUCAUUGAGGAGAAACCACAAGUAGAGGAAGUUGAGGCUGAACUUGUCAUUGAGGAGAAACCUCAAGUGGAGGAGGUUGAGGCCGAACUUGUCAUUGAGGAGAAACCAGAAAUUGAUGAAGUUGAGGCGGAACUUGUCAUUGAGGAGAAACCACAAGUAGAGGAAGUUGAGGCUGAACUUGUCAUUGAGGAGAAACCUCAAGUGGAGGAGGUUGAAGCUGAACUUGUUAUUGAGGAGAAACCUCAAGUAGAGGAAGUUGAAGCUGAACUUGUCAUUGAGGAGAAACCUCAAGUGGAGGAGGUUGAGGCCAAACUUGUUAUUGCAGAGACACCAGAAUUAGAGGAAGUUGAAGCUGAACUUGUCAUUGAGGAGACACCAGAAGUGAAGGAAGUUGAGGCUGAACUUGUCAUUGAGGAAACACCACAAGUGGAGGAAGUUGAAGCUGAACUUGUUAUUGAGGAGAAACCUCAAGUAGAGGAAGUUGAAGCUGAACUUGUUAUUGAGGAGAAACCUCAAGUAGAGGAAGUUGAAGCUGAACUUGUUAUUGAGGAGAAACCUCAAGUAGAGGAAGUUGAAGCUGAACUUGUCAUUGAGGAGAAACCUCAAGUGGAGGAGGUUGAGGCCAAACUUGUUAUUGAAGAGACACCAGAAUUAGAGGAAGUUGAAGCUGAACUUGUCAUUGAGGAGACACCAGAAGUAGAGGAAGUUGAGGCUGAACUUGUCAUUGAGGAAACACCACAAGUGGAGGAAGUUGAAGCUGAACUUGUUAUUGAGGAGAAACCUCAAGUAGAGGAAGUUGAAGCUGAACUUGUCAUUGAGGAGAAACCACAAGUUGAUGAAGUUGAGGCCGAACUUGUCAUUGAGGAGAAACCACAAGUAGAGGAAGUUGAGGCUGAACUUGUCAUUGAGGAGAAACCUCAAGUGGAGGAGGUUGAGGCCGAACUUGUCAUUGAGGAGAAACCAGAAAUUGAUGAAGUUGAGGCGGAACUUGUCAUUGAGGAGAAACCACAAGUAGAGGAAGUUGAGGCUGAACUUGUCAUUGAGGAGAAACCUCAAGUGGAGGAGGUUGAGGCCGAACUUGUCAUUGAGGAGAAACCAGUAAUUGAGGAAGUUGAAGCUGAACUUGUCAUUGAGGAGAAACCUCAAGUGGAGGAUGUUGAAGCUGAACUUAUCAUCAGAGAUGAUGAACCUAAGCUUAAGAAAGAAGUUGAUACUUCUGAAGCAGCCUCUGUCGAGGAAGAGACGGUUGAUUUCACAGUAGCUGAGAGCCCUGUGGUGGAGGAUGUAGAAGGGGAGAUUACUCUCACAGAGCAAUUGGAGUCCGCAGAACCUGUGGAGGGAACGUAUGCCUUUAGAGAGGUGGAGGACAGGACCACAGUGGAGGACAUCAGCGUCGAGAUCACACUCGCCCCCAAGUUCCUGCAGGAACUCAAGAACCAGGAGGUCACAGAGGGAGCUACAGUGACCUUGACCAUCAAGGUCACAGGAACUCCUGAACCAGAGCUCAAAUGGUAUCGUGAUGAGGUAGAAAUCCAGUUCGAUGAGCGUGUGACAGUCGAGAAGCUUGAAGACAACACCUACACCCUCACCAUCAGGAACACCACCAUCGACGACGAAGCAGAUUACACCUGCGUUGCCAUCAACAAGGCAGGCAAGGCCAAAACAACCUCCGAACUUCUGGUGAACCCAGCUGGAGAAGCUCCUUCCUUCAUCACACCACUGAAGGACACCGAAGUGGAACUAGACACGACCGUCACCCUCCAGUGUCAGGUCACCGGUGUACCACGCCCAGAAGUGACAUGGCUCCAUGACAAUAAGGAGGUCAAGGGUGACAAAUACAAGAUCGAAUAUAUUGAAGAAAAUGUGACCUUGACAUUUGACAAAUGCACUUUGGAUGAUGAAGGUGACUACACAGUUAAAGCUGUCAAUGAAAAGGGUGUCGCCUCAUGCAGCGCCGAGGUCCUUGUCCACGUUGAGGCACCAAAGGUCACCAAGCCUCUCUCUGAUGUUACAGUGAAGGUGAAGGACACUGCUCACUUAGAGUGUACCAUCACUGGCCUUCCUAAACCCGAGGUCAUAUGGAUGUCCGACACAGUCAUACUCAAGGACAGUCCCAAAUAUAAGAUCACCUCCAGAGAUGAUGACUACAUCCUAGAGGUCAAGGACGUUACUCUCGAGGACACGGAAAAGACAUACACGUGUAAAGCUUCCAACGUGGCUGGUGAUGACUCGACAUCAGCAAAGAUCAUUCCCGAAGUACCAGCCCACAUAAUUAUGGCGCCAUCUGCAGUUGAGGUAACAACAGGGGAGACAAUCCAUAUUCCCUGUAGUUUUGAAGGUAUCCCUACCCCUUCAAUCAGAUGGUCGGUCAACGGCCGACCAUUGGCUGUUGAUGACCGGCUUCAAGUAGCGUCAACACCCAGAAGUGCAACCUUGACCAUUUCGCUUCCAACGACCUUUGACACAGCGGUAUAUACAUUGACCGUUGAGAAUGAGGCUGGAUCGGACCGAGCUGAUAUUGACGUACUAGUCCAGUCUGUGGAGGAAGUCAUUGAACCAGAGGAAGAUAAACUGGAGGAAGUGCCAGCAGGCCGGGCACCUGAGUUUGUCCUUACCAUCAAGACUGAGACUGUUGAGGAGGGGGAGACAGCCGAGUUCACCUGCCAGGUGGUUGGAGAGCCAACGCCAGAGAUCCAGUUCUUCUACAACACCAAGGAGCUGCAGGAUGAAGGCCGCUACAUGAUCUUUGAGGAAGAUGGUCUCCAUCAUCUUGAAGUCUAUGAGAUCCUUCCAGAAGAUGAAGGAAAAUAUGUCGUCAAGGCAACCAAUCCAUUCGGUCAAGCAGAAUGCUCAGCUGAAUUGGUUGUCAAACCCAAACCUGUUGAGGAACCCAAGGAGCAGGAACCUGUUGUUGAGGAAGAGAUUCCUCAGGAGGAAGUUCCUGUUGUCGAGGAGAUCCCACAGGUGGAAGAAGUGGUUGUCGAAGAAGCACCAAAGAUGGUUGCUCCCAAGUUCAUCAUCCAGAUCGAGACUGUGGAGACAAAGAUCGGAGAGACUGCCAAGUUCACCUGCAAGGCAACUGGUAUUCCAUCUCCUGAACUCAUCUGGUACAAGAAUGACAAGGAGAUCACAAAGACGGACAAAGACUUCAAGAUUGACUACGCCGAGGACAACGAGACUUCCCUGAUCAUUGUCAGUGUUCAGCCAGACCAUGAUGACACUUACACCUGCGAGGCCACGAACCCUGCUGGCUCAGACAAGACCAAGGCUGAGCUGUUUGUUGAAGAAGAGCCAGAGGAGAAACUCUCUCCACCUGAGUUCAUCAAGGUUCCAGAAAAUGUCACAGUUCGCGAACAUGACCAGGCCAAGUUCAUUGUCAAGGCCAUUGGAAUGCCCAAGCCGACAGUCACCUGGAAGCGGGACAACAAGGAACUGGAUGACAAGGAGCUGUUCCACUUUGAGAAGUACGAGGACACCUACUGCUUCGAGAUCAAGGACACAGAACUCAACGAUGCAGACACCUACACCUGCCAUGCUGUCAACUCUGAGGGUGAAGCCACGGCUGACAUACCCCUCAUUGUCAAUGAAAUUAAACGUGAUGAGAGACUCUCAGAGUCCCCGCUCCUGCUGAAGACAAAGGAAGAGACUAAACCUCCUGUCUUCAUCGAAACAAUUGAGGACACUACCAUCAUGGAAACAAAGACCUUGACUCUUGUUGCCAAGGUUACUGGACUACCCCGCCCAGAGGUAGAAUGGUUCAGAAACAACAAACCAGUCACUAUGCUCCCCAACCAUCGGCCAGUCUAUGAAGACGAAACAUGCACUUUGAAGGUUGUCAAGGUAACCAUGGACCAGGCCGGAGAGUACAAGUGUGUUGCCACCAACAGUGCUGGCACUGCAGACUGUACUGCCAACAUCACCAUUGAAGGAGUGAUGGAGGCGCCAGAGAUCACACGUGAACUGCCAAACAGGGAGGUCCGCGAGGGUCGUCCUGUCAAACUGGACUGUGCUGUGAAAGGAAUUCCAGAGCCAGAAGUCACAUGGUUUAUCAACGAUGAGAAGAUCGAGCCUGGUGUUAGGUUCCAUACCGACCAGCGCAAGAUGUACACAGACACCCAGCAUACUCUCAGCAUUGAGCCUACCGAGGUGGAGGAUGCUGGCACCAUCAGCGUCGUCGCCACCAACAAAGCUGGAGAAGCCAAGACUGAGGGCACACUCACUGUUGAAGAGAAGAAAGAGGGUCCCAAGUUCAUCAAGAAGCUGGAGACAUACGAGAUUCUGGAACAUGAGGAACUCCGUAUGGAAGUGGUCGUGUCCGGCAAACCUAAACCCACAAUCACAUGGCUGAAGGGAGACAAAGAGCUUGUGGAGUCUGAGGACAUCAAGUUUGAGGUGAAAGAUCAGACCCACACAGUGGUCCUCAAGAACGUCAAGAUUGAAGAUGCUGGACUCUACACUGCUCGUGCUCAGAACCCAGCUGGACAGAUAUCAUGCAAUGGACGCCUCAAGGUCACACCUGUCAAGAAGCCAGACAUUACCAGGAAGCUCUCAGAUGCCCUGGUCCCAGUUUCUGGCCCUGCCAAGUUCGAGUGCCAGGUCAAGGGUGUGCCUCAACCUGAUGUGGAAUGGGUGCUUAAUGGAGAUGUCCUGGAACCAAGUGACAACAUCCAUAUGGAGUUCAACCCCAAGACUGGCACCCACUCUCUGGUCAUUGACAAGGCCACCAAGGACAUGAAGGGAACCGUCGAGGCCCGUGCCAAGAACAGUGGCGGUGAGGUCUUCACUUCCGCCCAGAUGGAUGUCCGAGGUCGCUCACCUGAGUUUGUCAUGCCACCAAUGAAGUGCACUGUGCUUAAUGGUCAAACUGCCAUCUUCCGGAGUGCCAUUGGUGGAGAACCAGAACCCAAAGUUGAAUGGUCGAAGGGCAAAUGGCAAAAGAUCAAAGAUGGAGGUCGUUACCAUGUAUACGAGGAUGAGUCAACUCAUGAACACGUCCUGGAGAUCGACCAGAUCAAGGCUAGCGAUGCUGGCACCUACACCAUCACUGCCACCAACGAACAUGGCUCCAAGUCCGAACCCGCAACUCUGAUGGUGACGGACAAGGAGGAAGAGGCAGCUGACUGGAAGAAGACACUCAAACACAGAGAACACAAGACCCUGGUUGAGGAGGAAUCAGAGCUGAACUGGCGUGACAUGCUGAAGCAUGUGGAUACCCCAGAAGAAGAGGCUCCAGCACCAGAGGCCAAGCCUGCCCCCCAGAUGAUGGAGAUGGAGAGAGAGGCCUAUGAGAUGCUGCCCAAGAGAGAGAGACCAGAGAUGGAGAUGGACACAUCCGAAUACUCCUACACCCUGCCUAAGAGGGACCGUCCCGAACUGGAACAUGCAGAGUUCCAGCGCCCAACUGCUGCAGCUCCUGAAGAGGCACCUGAGGAGGAGAAGGGUCGUUAUGUCCGACCUCAGAAGUUCAAGGAAGCAGAAGAGAUGGAGGAGGGUCAUCUGAUUAUUCCCAAGACUCAGUGGAAGUGGAUUGUACCUCUCGAGGACAUGACAGUGAAGGAACGCGAAGCUGCUAAGUUUGAGUGUGAGCUCUCUGUCACCAAUGUCAAUGUUGUCUGGACUGUGAAAGGUGAAGAGGUUAUCCCUAGCCCCAAGUAUGCUAUCAAGGCUGACGGCAAACAGCACACACUACUGGUCAGCAAGUGCCGCCCCAAGGAUGAGGGUCCUGUGUCAUGUGCAUAUGGAAACAUCAUCACAGAGGCAAAGCUUAAUGUCAUAGAGGUUCCAGCCGACUUCCUGAUGAAGCUGGAGGAUGGCAAGGGCAAGGAGGGAGAAGACGUCACCUUCAAGUGCAAGACCAAUGAUGAUGAUGUCCCAGUCUUCUGGUUCGUCAAUGGCAAAACAGUGCCCAUUCCUUCCGACAAAUACAUCAUUCGAUCAGAGGGAUAUGAACACACUCUUACUAUCAAGAACUUGCUUCCAGAAGAUGCCUGUGAAGUCACAGCAGUCAUCGGUGACAACAAGACAUCUGCCAACCUCGCUGUUGAAGAAAUUUCUGCUGACUUCACAAUCCCCCUGAAGGAUGUGACUGCCAAAGAGAAUACAACUGCUGAGUUUGAAUGCACUCUGACCAUACCAGUGGACAAUGUCCAGUGGUUCAUUGAUGGAGAGGAGAUCACCCAGGAUGCCAAAUACCAGUUUGUUGAUGAUGGCAAGGUUCACAAACUCAUCAUCAAAGAUGUGGCCCCAGAAGAUGCAGGAACUGUCACUGUAAAGGUCGGCAACAAGUCAUCUGAAGCCCAAUUCAUUGUUGAGGAGAUUGAUGUCGACUUCACUGUUCCUCUUGAGGACAAGACAACAUAUGAGAAAUCAAGUGUUGACUUUGUUGUUGAGUUGAACAAAGAAACAGACAAGCUGAAAUGGUACCAGGACGGAGAAGAACUUAAGAUGGUAGAAGGCAUCAAGAUGGUCCGAGAUGGUAAGACCCACAAGCUGACCCUUGAUGAUGUUAUGGUUGAGGACACAGGGAAGAUCACAGCCAAGGUGGGAGACAAGUCCACAGAAGGUCAACUCACUGUCAUUCCCCUUCCUUUGGAGUUCACAGUGCCGCUCAAUGAUGUCACUGCCAUUGAAAACUCCACUGCUGAGUUUGUAUGUGAGCUGUCCCGGGAUGUGGAGACAGUCAAGUGGUUCCUGAAUGACGUGGAGCUGAAGGAGAGUGACAAGAUCAAAUUCAUCUCUGAUGGCAAAACGAAGAAGCUCCAGAUCAAGGAUGUGAAAGUUGAAGAAGAGGGACCAAUCAGCAUCAUGGCUGAUGAUAAGAAGACCACUGCAUCACUCUUUGUGAUAGAACUGUCCCCAGACUUCCUGACUCCUCUCAAAGACCUGACCAUCGACGAGCUCCAAACUGCAGAGUUCAUGUGUGAGGUCAACAAAGAUGGUGCCACACCCAAAUGGUUCCUGGAUGGCCAGGAGAUCAAUGAAGACAAACGCUACCAGAUCCUCAGCGAGGGUCGCACCCACAAACUCGUCAUAAAGGAGGCAACACUGCCAGACUCAGGGGAGAUAACUGCCAAGAUUGAGGACAAGAAGACCUCUGCCAAUCUGACAGUUAAAGAAAUUCCAGUUGAGUUCACUGCUCAGCUUUCUGAGCAACACGUUGAGGAGCACAAGAUCGCAUGCUUCAAAUGUGACGUGAACAAAGAGGAUGUCACUGUCAUGUGGGAGAAAGAGAACUUACCAAUCGAACCCAGCAAUAAGCAUAUCAUCCAACAGGAAGGCACAUCACAUACUUUAGUCAUCAAGGAUUGUGAUAAAGAUGAUGUAGCAGAAUAUUCGGUCGUCGUUGGCGACCAGAAGAGCUCUGCUAGGCUUCGUCUUGAUGAAAUUCCUCUGCGACUCAACUUGAACUUGAAACGUUUUUCGACUGGUUCGGAAAGCGUAGCUGUAUUUACGUGCACGGUUUCAAAGCAUGAUAUGCGAGUGUCGUGGUAUAAAGACGAAGAAGAAAUUGACCCCUGUGAGAAGCAUGAACUACGAGAUCAGGGAUGUGUUCAUAAACUCAUCAUUCACGACUUAUCGGCCGACGACUAUGGCAACUACGUGGUUGUCAUUGGUAGCAAACGCAUGACCGGGUUCAGUCUCAGAGAAGAAGCACCGCUGGAGUUUACAAUCCCCCUUGGUGCCCAGACAUGCAAGGAAGGUGAAACUGUGACCUUUGUCUGCGAGGUCACCGAGGCAGAUCAACCAGCCAAAUGGAUGAAGAAUGGCAUUGAACUCAAACCAUCCGACAAAAUCAAGAAGGAGGUAGAUGGCAAAAUCCAUCGCCUGAUUAUCUCCCCUGCUGAACUUGACGACCAAUCAGAAUACACAAUUAUGAUCAGAAGUGCUCAGAGCACUGCACCGCUCACAGUUGAAGAAAUCCCCUUGGAGAUCAUCGUUCCCCUGAAGGAGACUGAGUGUGUUGAAGGCGAGACCAUCACCCUCCUCUGUGAGAUCAACCGACCUGAUAUGGAGGUCAUCUGGAUGAAGGACAAGAUCGAGAUCAGCUCCACUGAGGACCGCCAGAUUAAGAUGGAUGGCACCAAACACACGCUGACCUUCCCCAAGGUCGCACUUGAAGACGAGGCAGAGUACACCAUCAAAAUCAGAAACAAGAAGUCAGCUGCUAUCUUAUUCGUGGAAGACACCCCUGUGUAUUUUGUCAAGACUUUAGAGGAUCUUGAGGCAUUAGAGGGAGAUAACUCUGUCCAAUUAGAUGUGACAUUGUCGAAGCCAGACGUUCAUGUUGACUGGCAUUUCGAUGAUGUUCAGCUUCAACCCAGUGAGAAAUAUGAAUUUGUGAUCAGCGAUGCUGAUCGGUCGUUGCUCGUAUACGACAUUAAUCUUGACGAUGAAGGCGAAUAUUCUUGUCGGGUUGGAGAUACGUCAACAACAGCUUUUGUUGCCGUUCUCGAAGAACCACUGCGAAUCACAGUGCCACUCUCAGACAAUGAGUGUCUUGAAGGCGAAACCGUCAGCUUCAUCUGUGAGAUAUCCAAGGACAACGUUCCUGUGGCUUGGAUGAAGGAUGGCCUUGACAUUUCCGAAGAAGAUGGCUACCAGUUCAUCAUCGAUGGUAAACAACACAUCCUGAAGAUCCCAGAUGCUACUCUAUACCAUGAUGCCGAGUACACCAUUGUUGUCGGAAAUAACGAAUCAUCGGCCAGACUCUUUGUUGAAGAAAUGGCUGCCGACUUUGUGGCCCGACUCCAGGAUGCUGAAGCCAAGGAGACAGAAGAUGUGGAACUUGUGUGUCAGCUGAGCAAGAUCGGCGUCCCAGUACGCUGGAUGAAGAACCGCAAACCCCUGGAGCCAAGCGAGCGCAUCAAGAUCGUGUGUGACCGGUACCGCCACAUGCUCCGCAUCAUGGAGACCAUCCCUGAGGAUGAGGCAGAAUACACCAUUGUCCUGCCUGACAACAAGGAGUCAUCCUGCAACCUCACCAUAUAUUCCAUCCCACCAGACUUCUGCAAGCCUCUCAAGGACCAGGAGUGCGAGGAGAAGGAAACGGUUGUGUUUGAGUGCGGCAUGACAAAAGCCAACGUGGCUGUCAAGUGGUUCAUCAACGGAGAGGAACUGUCCCCUGACAGUGACCAAUACGAGAUCUCCACCGACAUCUACACACAACAGCUCAUCAUCCAUGACGUCACCCUGAAGGAUGCUGGCGAGAUCAAGUGUGUGUGUGGAGACAACUCGACAAGUGCCACACUCACUGUUGAAGCACUGCCAGUAGAAAUUCUGCGACCGCUCAAGGAUGCAACCAUCAUGGAAGGCGAGAGUGUCGUGUUUGAGUGCGAACUCUCCAAGCCUGAUGUGCCAGCUGUAUGGCUGAAGGACUACGAACCAUUCACUCCCAGAGAAGGCAUCAAGAUCACCUGUGAUGGUGCCAUCCAUCGCCUGGAGAUUGAGGCUGGCGUUGUUGAUGACGAGGCUGACUACACCAUCAAAGUGGACGGCAAGAGCAGCAAGGCAAUGCUGUUGGUGGAAGAAACUCCAGUCCUGAUAGUUAAACCACUAACCGACAUCAACGUCAUGGAACAUGAGAACAUCCAAUUUGUUUGCGAACUUAACAAACCCAAUGUCAAGGUCAGAUGGUUGAGGGAUGGCCAAGAGGUUAUGGCAGAGGACGGCUUUGUAAUUGUUUCUGAUGGCUGCGUUCACACACUAUCUCUCGAUGACGCCUUACCUGAGCAUAGUGCUAAAAUUAUGAUAGUUGCACAAGAUAAAAGAAGCUCUGCUACGCUCACUGUGAAAGCCGAACCUGUGAAGUUUGUCCGCCCCCUGGCAGAUAUUACAGUCACAGAAAAACAGGAUAUCUACCUGGAGUGUGAGAUCAACAAGCCUGGUCUGAAGCCAACUUGGAAGGUCGAUGGCUCUAAAGUUUCUGCCAGUGGGAGAAUCCAGCUCCUGUCAGAAGGCAACGUUCACAAACUGAUCAUCAAGGAGGCUGACUUGGACGAUGAGAACGUGUACACAGUUACAUUUGAUGAUGCUACAUCCACUGCCAGCGUCAUCGUCGAUGCCAUCCCAAUCAAGUUUGUCCAACCUCUGGCUGACAUCACCGUCACAGAGAAACAGGAGAUCUUCCUGGAGGUCAAGAUCAACAAACCAGGACAGACUCCAGUCUGGACCUUUGAAAACAAGGAUGUGUCCACCAGUAAACGCAUCCGCUUGACAUCAGAUGGUGCCCUUCACCGUUUGGUGAUUGAGAGCGCUGACCUUGAAGAUGAAGGCUCCUACAAGGUCGCCUUUGGUGAUGUUGACAGCUCAGCCAAUGUCUUUGUUGAUGAGGAACCACUUGAAAUUGUGAAACCCCUGGAGGAUCAGACCAUUGAUGAAGACCAGUCAGUCAAGUUCACAUGUGAGGUGUCCAAGCCAAAUGUCAAAUCCCGCUGGUACAAGGAUGGUAAGGUUGUGAGUGAGAAAGAUGGGUAUCGCAUAGAAACCAUCAACUCUGUUCACACCUUGAUCCUUGAUAACGCUGCCGAGGAGGAUGGUGGAAAAUACAGCAUCAAAGUGGAAGACAAACAGAGCGAGGCCACACUCACUGUCAAAGUCCUUCCAAUCAAGUUUGUCCAACCUCUGGCUGACAUCACCGUCACAGAGAAACAGGAGAUCUUCCUGGAGGUCAAGAUCAACAAACCAGGACAGACUCCAGUCUGGACCUUUGAAAACAAGGAUGUGUCCACCAGUAAACGCAUCCGCUUGACAUCAGAUGGUGCCCUUCACCGUUUGGUGAUUAAGAGCGCUGACCUUGAAGAUGAAGGCUCCUACAAGGUCGCCUUUGGUGAUGUGGAAAGCUCAGCCAAUGUCUUUGUUGAUGAGGAACCACUUGAAAUUGUGAAACCCCUGGAGGAUCAGACCAUUGAUGAAGACCAGUCAGUCAAGUUCACAUGUGAGGUGUCCAAGCCAAAUGUCAAAUCCCGCUGGUACAAGGAUGGUAAGGUUGUGAGUGAGAAAGAUGGGUAUCGCAUAGAAACCAUCAACUCUGUUCACACCUUGAUCCUUGAUAACGCUGCCGAGGAGGAUGGUGGAAAAUACAGCAUCAAAGUGGAAGACAAACAUAGCGAGGCCACACUCACUGUCAAAGUCCUUCCCAUCAAGUUUGUCCAACCUCUGGCUGACAUCACUGUCACAGAGAAACAGGAGAUCUUCCUGGAGGUCAAGAUCAACAAACCAGGACAGACUCCAGUUUGGACCUUUGAAAACAAGGAUGUGUCCAUCAGUAAACGCAUCCGCUUGACAUCAGAUGGUGCCCUUCACCGUUUGGUGAUUGAGAGUGCUGACCUUGAAGAUGAAGGCUCCUACAAGGUCGCCUUUGGUGAUGUUGACAGCUCUGCCAAUGUCUUUGUUGAUGAGGAACCACUUGAAAUUGUGAAACCCCUGGAGGAUCAGACCAUUGAUGAAGACCAGUCAGUCAAGUUCACAUGUGAGGUGUCCAAGCCAAAUGUCAAAUCCCGCUGGUACAAGGAUGGUAAGGUUGUGAGUGAGAAAGAUGGGUAUCGCAUAGAAACCAUCAACUCUGUUCACACCUUGAUCCUUGAUAACGCUGCCGAGGAGGAUGGUGGAAAAUACAGCAUCAAAGUGGAAGACAAACAGAGCGAGGCCACACUCACUGUCAAAGUCCUUCCCAUCAAGUUUGUCCAACCUCUGGCUGACAUCACCGUCACAGAGAAACAGGAGAUCUUCCUGGAGGUCAAGAUCAACAAACCAGGACAGACUCCAGUUUGGACCUUUGAAAACAAGGAUGUGUCCAUCAGUAAACGCAUCCGCUUGACAUCAGAUGGUGCCCUUCACCGUUUGGUGAUUGAGAGCGCUGACCUUGAAGAUGAAGGCUCCUACAAGGUCGCCUUUGGUGAUGUUGACAGCUCUGCCAAUGUCUUUGUUGAUGAGGAACCACUUGAAAUUGUGAAACCCCUGGAGGAUCAGCUCACUGAUGAAGACCAGUCAGUCAAGUUCAUAUGUGAGGUGUCCAAGCCGAAUGUCAAAUCCUGCUGGUACAAGGAUGGUAAGGUUGUGAGUGAGAAAGAUGGGUAUCGCAUAGAAACCAUCAACUCCAUUCACACCUUGAUCCUUGAUAACGUUGCCGAGGAGGAUGGUGGAAAAUACAGCAUCAAAGUAGAAGACAAACAGAGCGAGGCCACACUCACUGUCAAAGUCCUUCCCAUCAAGUUUGUCCAACCUCUGGCUGACAUCACCGUCACAGAGAAACAGGAGAUCUUCCUGGAGGUCAUGAUCAACAAACCAGGACAGACUUCAGUCUGGACCUUUGAAAACAAGGAUGUGUCCACCAGUAAACGCAUCCGCUUGACAUCAGAUGGUGCCCUUCACCGUUUGGUGAUUGAGAGCGCUGACCUUGAAGAUGAAGGCGCCUACAAGGUCGCCUUUGGUGAUGUGGAAAGCUCAGCCAAUGUCUUUGUUGAUGAGGAACCACUUGAAAUUGUGAAACCCCUGGAGGAUCAGACCAUUGAUGAAGACCAGUCAGUCAAGUUCACAUGUGAGGUGUCCAAGCCAAAUGUCAAAUCCCGCUGGUACAAGGAUGGUAAGGUUGUGAGUGAGAAAGAUGGGUAUCGCAUAGAAACCAUCAACUCUGUUCACACCUUGAUCCUUGAUAACGUUGCUGAGGAGGAUGGUGGAAAAUACAGCAUCAAAGUGGAAGACAAACAGAGCGAGGCCACACUCACUGUCAAAGCUAUACCUGUGGAGUUUGUGCAACCUCUGGCUGACAUCACCGUCACAGAGAAACAGGAGAUCUUCCUGGAGGUCAAGAUCAACAAACCGAACAAGAAACCGGAAUGGUCAUUUGAAGGAACCAAUGUGUCAGCCACAGGAAGAAUAAAACUCACUUCUGAUGGUGCCAUUCACAGACUCAUCAUUUCUAAAGCCUCUUUAGAUGAUGAAGGUGUAUACAAAGUCUCAAUCCAGGGCAAAGACAGUUCCUGCAAUGUCUUUGUUGAUGAAGAGCCUGUAGAAAUAAUCCGACAUUUGAAAGACCAGGAGAUCUCAGAGAAAGAAACUGCCAAAUUUAAGUGUCUGUUGUCCAAAUCCGGAGUCAAGGCCAAAUGGCUUAAAGAUGGCAAAGUAGUGACUGCAGCUGAUGGCUUUGAGAUAACAUCUAUUGACGUCACUCACACAUUGGUCCUCGAGGAUGUUGCGCUGGAGGAUGGUGGAAAAUACACCAUCAAAGUAGAGGACAAGGAGAGUUCGGCCAACCUCAGAGUCAUGGAACUCCCAAUUGAAAUUACCAAACCACUGAAGGACCUUGAGAUCAUGGAGGGCACAGCCUUGACCUUGACCUGUGAGGUCAACAAACCCAAUAUUCCAUCCAAAUGGCUGAGGAAUGGAGAGGCCAUUGCUCCCUCUGAGCGUAUCGAGAUGACUGUUGAUGAUACCAGGCACACACUGACCAUCCCGAAGUCAGAGAUGGAUGAUGAGGCCGUGUACAAGUGUGUCAUCAAGGACAGGAAGACAUCAGCCAGAGUCACAGUCAAAGAAGAGCCAUUUGAGUUCCUGCAGCCACUGACUGAUGUCCAUGUCAUGGAAACCGAGACCAUCCACAUGGAGUGCAUCGUGUCGAAACCUGGCAAACCUGCCACCUGGUACAAGGGUGGUGUGAAGAUGUUACCAUCUGACCGGGUCAAGAUGGGUAUUGACGGAGCAGGGAAGUACAUGCUGACCAUCACCAAUGCUGAACUCAAGGACGAGGCUGAAUACUCCAUCAAGCUUGCUGACAAGAAGUCCAAGGCUCAAGCACUUGUUGAGGAAGAAGAUGUGGACAUCAUCCGACCACUGGAAGACAUUGACAUCAGUGAGAUCCCCGGCACAGCUGUGUUCGAGUGCGAGCUGUCCAAGCCUCAUGUCAUGGUUCAGUGGAACCGAGACACGGAGGUCCUCCUGCCCAGCGACAAGUACGAGAUCAUUCAUGAUGGCUGCGUGCAUCGUCUCAUCAUCUCAGACGUCACAGAGAAGGAUGAGGCUGACUACAGCAUCCAGGCCAAGUCCAAGAGAAGCGAUGCUGGUCUGUUUGUGGAAGCUCCACCUAAGAUCCUGUAUGACAAGAGGUUUGACGAGACAAUCAUCCUUCACAUCGGCCAAUCCACUGCAUGGGAGGUGCCCUUCUCAGGCAACCCCCAGCCCAAGUGCACAUGGCUGUACAAUGGAGGCUCUCUGCCCGACAAGAAGAGGAUGGAAGCAGAAACAAUCGACAACAUGACCACCAUUCGUCUGGCCAAGGUGAUCCGCACCGACACUGGAGACUACACCCUUUCACUGGAGAACCCCAAUGGCAAGGCUACCAUCACCAUCAAGCUGAUUGUCUUAGACAAACCCAGCCCAGUGAGAGACUUGACUGUGUGUGACAUCACUGCUGAGAGUGCCACUGUCAAGUGGGAGGUGCCCGCUGAUGACGGAGGCAAGCCAAUCACAGGCUACAUCAUCGAGAAGCGUGAGUCUGGUCGCAGGUCGUUCUACGAGGUGGGCAGCACCACAGAGCUGCAGUUCACUGUCCCAGAGCUGGUCGAGGGCAACCAAUACGUCUUCAGGGUGUUCGCUAAGAAUGAGAUUGGAAAGAGUGAGCCGGUCGAAUCAGACACCAUCACUGCGAAACAUCCAUUCAAUGUACCAGACAAGCCUGAUGCUCCCGAAGUGUCGGACAUAUUCAAGGAUUCUGCUGUGGUCUCCUGGAAGCCUCCUGCCAAUGAUGGCGGAUCCCCAGUCACAGGCUACCUGCUGGAGCGCAAGUCUGGCUACAGUCCUCGCUUCAUCCAGGUCAACAAGGAGCCUGUAGCUGACCUCACCUUCAAGGACGGCGACCUGCUGGAAGACAACACCUACCAGUACCGCGUCAUCGCCGUCAACAAGGCCGGUCCCAGUGAACCCAGUGAACCAUCAAGGGAGUUCACAGCCAAGGAUCCAUGGGGACCCCCUGGACCUCCCGGCAAGCCUGAAGUCACCGGAACUGACAAGAAGUCUGUAGCCUUGAAAUGGGCUCCUCCAGAGGAAGAUGGCGGCAGCCCCAUCACCAGCUAUGUGGUGGAGUACCGGCCGAAGGACUCGUACAACUGGCAGAGGAAGAGCGACGGCAUUGUCCCCGACACCACCUUCAGUGUCACCGGCCUCAAGGAGAACUCGGAGUAUGAGUUCCGUGUGAGUGCAGAGAACAAGGCUGGCGUUGGACCACCAUCACCACCUACAGCACCAGUCAAAGUGGUGGAACCGAUUGUUGGUGUACCACCAGUUAUCCUGGAACCCCUGCAAGAUGAUGUUGCAGUUGCCCCGAAGGAUGCCAUCUUGGAAUGCGACGUUGACGUCGGCGAGCCUGAAGGUGAGAUCAAGUGGUUCAAGGGAACCAAGGAGGUGAAGAAGAGCGCCAAGUAUGAGAUGAGCUAUGAGGAUGAAGUUGCAUCCCUCGUCAUUCACAAAACUGAGCCAUCGGACACUGCCCGCUACAAGUGUGAGGUGACCAACCCACUUGGUCAAGUCAGCACCCAGGGACAACUUGCAAUUCACACUGCUCCUGUUCUGGAGUAUGACAAUCGCCUGAAGAGUGCCCAGACUGUGAAGGGCGGAUCCACCCUGGUCCUGCAGGUCAACGUCAGCGGUAUCCCAUCUCCCAAAAUCUCCUGGUUCCUCGAUGAUGAACCUUUGGAGAAGUCAGAACGCAUCAGCGUGGACACUACAGAUGACUUCAGCACUCUGACCAUCAAGAACGCCAUGCUGGACGACAGUGGCAUGUACACCAUCGCUGCCGAGAAUGUCGUUGGCAAAGCAGAGGCUGACUUCGAGAUCAAUGUUAAAGACAAGCCAUCCAAGCCGAACAACCUCCAUGUGAUUGACGUGAUGAAGGACUCUAUUGUCCUUUCAUGGGAGUCUCCAUCCGACGUCGGUGGCUGCGACCUUACUGGAUAUGUCAUUGAGAAGCGUGAUGCUAAACGCAACACGUGGAUGCCAGUCCACACUGUAGAUGGCAGCACCAACACCUAUGCUGUCAUCAAACUGCUCGAAGGAAAUGAAUACUUCUUCCGUGUGUCUGCUGAAAAUGAAGUUGGCGUCAGUGAACCAGCUGAGAUGGAUGAGGGAACUAUUGCCAAAUGUCCAUAUGAUGUGCCACAGACUCCCAGGAAACUGAAGGCAAGUGAGGUCACCAGGUCAUCGGUCACACUCACAUGGGAGCCACCAGAGAGCGAUGGAGGAUCACCAAUCACAAGCUACAUUAUUGAGAAGAAAAGCCCAACCAGUUCUCGAUGGGUCCGUACCAACAAAUCUCCAGUCCGGGACACUGUCUUCACCGUCAAUGAUUUGGUGGAAAAUGACAAAUAUGAAUUCCGUGUGUCCGCAGAAAAUGCUGCUGGAAUUGGCAAACCAUGUGAUGCUCUUGGACCAAUCCUUGUAAAGGAUCCAUUCAACAAACCAGAUGCUCCUCGCAAGCCUGAAGUGGUGGACGUCACCAAGGAAUCUAUCACUCUGAAAUGGCUGGCCCCAGAGAAGGAUGGCGGUAGCCCGAUCUUUAACUACGCUGUUGAGAUGAGAGUAAGUGGAAACGUCCGCUGGGUACAAGCCAGUCAAAACAUCAAGAUCCCCGAGACCAGUUACAAGGUCACAGAACUGAUGGAAGGCGCUGAGUAUGAGUUCCGCGUCAUGGCCGAGAACAAGGCUGGUCUUGGUCCACCAUCUUCUCCAUCACAGCCUGUUGCUGCUAAAGAUCCAAUUGUUGGUGAGGCGCCAGCCGUGCUUGAAGGCCUACCCGACCUGGCCGUCAUGGAGGGAGAGACAGCCAUCUUGGAAUGCAAGAUCAGUGGUGAACCAGAGCCCUCUAUCAAGUGGAUGAAGGACCGUCGCGAUGUUCUGGAGGACAAGAGACAUGAAAUCUUCUAUGAAGACAUGUUCGCGUCUCUGACGAUCACAGAAUGCACUGAGCGGGAUGCUGGUAGCUACACAUGUGAAGCCAGCAACGACCUCGGCACAGUCACCACAUCAGGGCAGCUGGACAUUCAAGCUCCCCCUGUACUGGAGUUCGACAACAAGUUCCGCGACCUCAUCACACUCCAUGCUGGCAGUAACCUCAAGAUCCCUGUCAAGGUCAAGGGUAUCCCCACUCCAAGAAUCACCUGGGCAAAGGAGGAUCAGCCAAUGAGAUCAGCUGGUAAGGUUACCAUAGAUAUGCAAGACACAAGCACCUCACUGACCAUCAAGAAGGUGAGCAAGGAGGAGGAUGGUCUGUAUACACUGACCGCCGAGAACGAAGCAGGCGAGGACAAGGCCAAGUUUGAUGUCGAGGUCAUUGACGUUCCUGCAAAGCCCGGUCCUAUCGAGUAUGCUGACAUUGUCCGUGAUGGUGUGACUCUGAAGUGGACUCCACCCAAAGACGAUGGCGGCACUGAUAUCCUCUCCUACAUCGUGGAGCGCCGUGAUGCCAAGAGGUCAACGUAUACCCGUGCAGGCAAGGUCGAGGGUAACGUCACACAGCUGAAGGUCAGCGGACUUGUUGAAGGCACAGAAUAUUUCUUCCAAGUGACAGCAGAAAACGAAGUCGGAAAAUCUGAACCCAGAGAAUCCGAUUCCGGCGUUGUUCCAAAGAGCCCAUUCGGUAAACCAUCAGCCCCAGAGGACCUUGAACAUUCUGACAUCACAGAGGACAGUGUGACCUUGAACUGGAAGCCCCCGAAAUCAGAUGGAGGCUCACCACUCACAGAGUACAUUAUCGAGAAGCGAGAUGUCCGGAAGACAUCCUGGUCAAAGGUUGCCUCAGUGAAAUCUGAGACACUCAACUACAAUGUGAAGAAGUUGUUGGAAGAUACACCGUACCUGUUCCGUGUGAUUGCCGUCAAUGCCGAGGGCCCAAGUGAACCAAUUCAAUCUGAACAUGAAAUUGUGCCCACAAAAGCACCUGAGGUGCCUGGCAAGCCCAUCGGACCUAUUGAGUUCAGCAAUAUUGGUGAAGACACUGUCACUCUUGAGUGGUCCAAACCCAAGAGAGAUGGCGGUGCCAAGAUCCUCAAGUACAACAUCGAGGUGUACGAGGAUGGCAAGUGGAGGCCACUAGACUCAGUGGAUGCUCCCACCACCCAGUACACAGCCAAGAAGCUGAAGGAAGGCAAGAAAUACAAGUUCCGAGUAUCGGCUGUCAACUCUGUUGGCGUCGGAGAACCACUGGAUUCAGACAAUGUCACUCCAACCAAGAAGAUCUCUCCACCCUCCAAGCCAGUCGGACCACUUGACAUCAGCAAUGUCCAGCGUGACUCUGCUACACUCAAAUGGAAGGCACCAAAGGACGAUGGUGGCUCCCCACUCACUGGAUACAUCAUUGAGAAACGGGAUGCCAAGAAGACAACAUGGUCCAAGGCAGGCAAGGUCAAGCCAGACACACUGGAGUAUGUCGUGGAUGGCCUUCUGGAGAACAAUGAGUACUUCUUCCGUGUGAUCGCAGAAAACAAGGCUGGUCAAAGUGAGCCCCUUGAGGCCGAUGCUGCCACCAUGGCCAAGAGUCCCUACAACAAACCAUCCAAGCCACGUGGUCCUCUGCUGAUUGAGAACGUGACUGACCACUCCUGCGAUCUGGAAUGGAAGGCACCAGAGAGUGAUGGCGGUCUGCCCCUCAAGAACUACAUCAUUGAGAUGAGACCAGCCACAAGAACCACCUGGUCCAAGGCCGGUAAAGUUGACGGACAGACACUGAAGUUUACACCAGACAACCUCAUCGAAGGAACUGAAUACUUAUUCCGCAUCAUUGCUGUUAAUGACGAAGGAGAGAGUGAACCUCUUGAAGGCAAAGACUCAGCCAAGCCCAAGAAGGCUCUCAAACCUCCAGGUCCACCUCAGAACCUGCAGCCAGGCCAUGUUGGACAGGACUACGUUGCCAUUGAAUGGAAGCCGCCAAAGGAAGAUGGUGGUGCCAAGGUCACUCACUACAAGAUCGAGAAAUGUGAGGAGACAUCCGAUGAAUGGAUCAAGGUUGCAGAGAUCAAAUCUUAUGACACAGCCUACAAGAUCGAAAAACUGAAGGAGAAUGUUGGUUACUUCUUUGCUGUCGUUGCCAAGAAUGAGGUCGGCUAUGGUGAAACUGCUGAGACUGACUCAGUGAUCACACCCAAGAAACCAGCUGGCAAACCGUCCAAGCCUCAGGAGUUCAAGACAUCCAAGAUAGACAGGACAUCAGUGACUCUGGAAUGGAAGCCACCCAAGGACGAUGGUGGAUCUCCUCUGACUGGCUACAUUGUUGAGAGGCGGGAGGCAUCUCGCUCCUCAUGGACCAAACUGGACAGAGUGAAGUCAGACAUUCUUACAUUGGAGGCUGUCAACCUGAUCGAAGGCACCGACUACUACUUCCGUGUGUCAGCUGAGAACAAGAUCGGUGUCAGUGAACCCAAUGAGUUGGACAAACCAGUGACACCCAAGAGUCCUUAUGACAAACCAUCCAAGCCACGUGGUCCUCUGCUGAUUGAGAACGUGACUGACCACUCCUGUGAUCUGGAAUGGAAGGCACCAGAGAGUGAUGGCGGCCUGCCCCUCAAGAACUACAUCAUUGAGAUGAGACCAGCCACAAGAACCACCUGGUCCAAGGCCGGUAAAGUUGACGGACAGACACUCAAGUUUACACCAGACAACCUCAAUGAAGGAACUGAAUACUUAUUCCGCAUCAUUGCUGUUAAUGACGAAGGAGAGAGUGAACCUCUUGAAGGCAAAGACUCUGCCAAGCCCAAGAAGGCUCUCAAACCUCCAGGUCCACCUCAGAACCUGCAGCCAGGCCAUGUUGGACAGGACUACGUUGCCAUUGAAUGGAAGCCGCCAAAGGAAGAUGGUGGUGCAAAGGUCACUCACUACAAGAUCGAGAAAUGUGAGGAGACAUCCGAUGAAUGGAUCAAGGUUGCAGAGAUCAAAUCCUAUGACACAGCCUACAAGAUCGAAAAACUGAAGGAGAAUGUUGGUUACUUCUUUGCUGUCGUUGCCAAGAAUGAGGUCGGCUAUGGUGAAACUGCUGAGACUGACUCAGUGAUCACGCCCAAGAAACCAGCUGGCAAACCGUCCAAGCCUCAGGAGUUCAAGACAUCCAAGAUAGACAGGACAUCAGUGACUCUGGAAUGGAAGCCACCCAAGGACGAUGGUGGAUCUCCUCUGACUGGCUACAUUGUUGAGAGGCGGGAGGCAUCUCGCUCCUCAUGGACCAAACUGGACAGAGUGAAGUCAGACAUUCUUACAUUGGAGGCUGUCAACCUGAUCGAAGGCACCGACUACUACUUCCGUGUGUCAGCUGAGAACAAGAUCGGUGUCAGUGAACCCAAUGAGUUGGACAAACCAGUGACACCCAAGAGUCCUUAUGACAAACCAUCCAAGCCACGUGGUCCUCUGCUGAUUGAGAACGUGACUGACCACUCCUGUGAUCUGGAAUGGAAGGCACCAGAGAGUGAUGGCGGUCUGCCCCUCAAGAACUACAUCAUUGAGAUGAGACCAGCCACAAGAACCACCUGGUCCAAGGCCGGUAAAGUUGACGGACAGACACUCAAGUUUACACCAGACAACCUCAAUGAAGGAACUGAAUACUUAUUCCGCAUCAUUGCUGUUAAUGACGAAGGAGAGAGUGAACCUCUUGAAGGCAAAGACACAGCCAAGCCCACGAAGGCUCUCAAACCUCCAGGUCCACCCCGGAACCUACAGCCAGGCCAUGUUGGACAGGACUACGUUGCCAUUGAAUGGAAGCCACCAAAGGAAGAUGGUGGUGCCAAGGUCACUCACUACAAGAUUGAGAAAUGUGAGGCGACAUCGGAUGAAUGGAUCAAGGUUGCAGAGAUCAAAUCUUAUGACACAGCCUACAAGAUCGAGAAACUGAAGGAGAAUGUUGGUUACUUCUUUGCUGUCACUGCCAAGAAUGAGGUCGGCUAUGGUGAAACUGCUGAGACUGACUCAGUGAUCACACCUAAGAAACCAGCUGGCAAACCAUCCAAGCCUCAGGAGUUCAAGACAUCCAAGAUAGAUCGGACAUCAGUGACUCUGGAAUGGAAGCCACCCAAGGACGAUGGUGGAUCUCCUCUGACUGGCUACAUUGUUGAGAGGCGGGAGGCAUCUCGCUCCUCAUGGACCAAACUGGACAGAGUGAAGUCAGACAUUCUUACAUUGGAGGCUGUCAACCUGAUCGAAGGCACCGACUACUACUUCCGUGUGUCAGCUGAGAACAAGAUUGGUGUCAGUGAACCCAAUGAGUUGGACAAACCAGUGACACCCAAGAGUCCUUAUGACAAACCAUCCAAGCCACGUGGUCCCCUGCUGAUUGAGAAUGUGACUGACCACUCCUGUGAUCUGGAAUGGAAGGCACCAGAGAGUGAUGGCGGUCUACCACUGAAGAACUACAUCAUUCAGAUGAGACCAGCCACAAGAACCACCUGGUCCAAGGCUGGUAGAGUGGAUGGACAGACACUCAAGUUUACACCAGACAAUCUUGAUGAAGGAACUGAAUACCUCUUCAGAGUAAUUGCAGUCAAUGAUGAGGGAGAGAGUGAACCUCUGGAUUCCAAGGAAGCCAUCAAGCCAAUGAAGUCUCUCAAACCUCCAGGUCCACCACAGAACCUGAAGCCAGGUCGUGUCGGUCAGUACUACGUCGCCCUGGAGUGGAACCCACCCAAGGAAGAUGGUGGUGCUAAGGUCACUCACUACAAGAUCGAGAAAUGUGAGGAGAAGUCAAAGGAAUGGGUCAAGGUCGAUGAGGUCAAGUCCUACGACACAGCAUACAAGGUCGAGAAGCUCAAGGAGAAUGUUGGGUACUUCUUUGCUGUCACUGCAAAGAAUCAAGUUGGCUAUGGUGAAACUGCCGAGACUGACUCAGUCAUCAAACCAAGAAAGCCAGAAGGACCUCCUGGUCCACCAAAGUCUCUCAAGACUGCUGAUGUCGAGCGAACAUCCCUGAACCUGGUCUGGGAGCCUCCAAAAGAUGAUGGUGGUUCACCAAUCACAGGCUACAUCAUAGAGAGACGGGAAGCUUCUCGUACCAACUGGACCAAGAUUGACCGUGUUGAUGCCAAGACGCUGAAGACCAAGGCUCAGAAUCUGGUGGAGGGCACAGAAUACUCCUUCCAGGUGUCGGCUCAGAACAAAGUGGGAGUCAGUGAACCUAUUGAAAUAGACAGAGGUGUCACCCCCAAGAGCCAGUUCACCAAGCCAUCAAAACCAAGAGGACCCAUUGAUACAGACAAUCUGACUGACCAUUCCGUUGACCUGACAUGGAAGGUUCCUGAUGCUGAUGGAGGUCUGCCCAUCACUGGAUACAUCAUCGAGUACAGACCAGCCACCAGAUCCUCCUGGAUGAAGUCAGGCAAAGUUGAUGGAAAGACCUUGACCUUCACUGCAAAUGACCUUCGUGAAGGCCAGGAAUACUUCUUCCGGGUCAUUGCUGUCAACGAUGAGGGAGAGAGUGAACCACUCGAGAGCAAGGACACAGUCAAGCCUGUUAAAGAACUUGAACCCCCAGGACCACCCAGGAACCUGAAGCCUGGUCGUGUCGGUCAGUACUACGUCGCCCUGGAGUGGAACCCACCCAAGGAAGAUGGUGGUGCCAAGGUCACUCACUACAAGAUCGAGAAGAAGGAGGAGAAAGCUAAAGACUGGACCACUGUGGAAGAAAUCAAGUCUUACGACACAGCUUACAAGGUGGAGAGCUUGAAGGAAAAUGUCGGCUUGUUAUUCCGUGUAUCAGCUAAGAAUCAAGUUGGCUAUGGCAGUUCUGUGGAAACAGAUGCUGUCAUCACACCCAAGAAGCCUGAAGGCCCUCCAAGUGCACCAGAAGGUCCAGUUAAGUUCUCUGAUGUUGACCGCACAGCCUUGACCUUCAGCUGGUCACCUCCCAAAUCUGAUGGUGGAUCUCCUCUCACUGGCUACGUUCUUGAGCGCCGGGAAGCAUCCCGGCCCAAGUGGACACCACUUGACCGCGUUGGACCUAAAGUCCUCUCCCACAGGGCUGAGAAGCUUAUUGAAGGCACUGAAUACAACUUCCGUAUAUCUGCAGAAAACAAACAUGGUGUCAGUGAGCCUCUUGAAACCGAAACUGGAACUGUCCUCAAGAGCCCAUACAACAAACCAUCCAAACCUCGAGGUCCUCUGAAUGUGGACAAUGUGACCUGCGACACAGCUGAUCUCACCUGGAAGUCCCCAGAUAGUGAUGGCGGUCUGCCCAUCAAGCACUACAUCAUCGAGAUGAGGCCAAGCAGUAAGAUGGUAUGGAGCAAGAUUGGCAAGGUUGAUGCUGACAAGACCUCCUUCACAGCUCAGGACCUGAAGGAAGGAACGGACUACUACUUCCGUGUCAUCGCUGUCAAUGAUGAAGGCGACAGUGAUGCUCUUGAGACCAAGGACACCAUUAGGCCACUCAAGAAGAUCUUGCCACCUGGAUCACCAAGGAGUCUUAAGGUCACCAAGGUUGGUCCUGACUUUGUCAUGCUUGACUGGAAGGCUCCUCUGGAAGAUGGCGGAGCUAAGAUCACCAACUACAAAAUUGAGAAGUGUGAGGAUACAUCUGACGAAUGGGUGAAAGUUGAAGAAGUCAAGUCCUAUGACACCAGCUUCAAGGUGGAGAAACUGAAGGAGAAUGUUGGCUACUACUUUGCUGUAUCUGCCAAGAAUGAGGUCGGCUUUGGUGAACCCGCAGAAACAGAAGAUUCUGCCAAGCCUAAGAAGCCUGAGACCAAGCCACACAAGUGUGAGAACCUGACUGUCAAAGAUCUGGAGCGCACAGAACUGACUCUGGAAUGGACUCCACCAAAGAAUGAUGGAGGAUCACCCAUCACUCAAUACAUCCUUGAGAAGAAGGAAGCAAAGCACCCCACUUGGUCCCGCGUCGACAAGGUGUCCUCAAAGAAGACCUCCCAUCACGUAGCUAACCUCAUUGAAGGCACUGAAUACGUGUUCCGCAUCUCAGCUGAGAACAAACAUGGUGCCAGUGAACCGCUGGAGACAAGCAAGGGCUACACUCCUAAGAGUCUCUAUGAUAAACCAAGCAAGCCCCUUGGUCCACUCAAGUUCUCUGACAUUACCCAUGAGUCUGUGGUCCUGACCUGGCAGCCAUCUGAGAGUGAUGGAGGAACGCCACUCACUGGCUACCUCAUAGAGUACCGUGAUGCUCGCCGACCUACCUGGAUGAAGACAGCCACUGUUGGCCCUGACGUCCACAAGCACACAGUCCAGGAUCUGAUAGAGGGUUCGGAGUACUUCUUCCGUGUGACCGCCAUCAAUGCUGAAGGUCACAGCCAGCCCCUAGAGAGCAAGGAUGCCGUCAAGCCUCAGAGGGAGCUGAGCCCUCCAGGUGCUCCUGCUGGAAUCAAGGUCAAGGACAUUGGCAAGGAUUCUGUUACACUCACAUGGACACCACCAAAGGAUGAUGGAGGUUCCAAGGUGACAGGUUACGUUAUCAAAGUGCGCGAAGAGAAGAGCAAAGAAUGGACGAGUGCUGGCAAUGUCCGUGGCACCGAUAGUACAUUCGUUGUCAAGAACCUGAAGGAGGAACAUGGAUACUUCUUCUCAGUGACUGCUGAGAACAAGAUUGGCACUGGUCAAACUCUGGAAACAGACAGUCCAAUCUCACCUAAGAGACCAAUUGCCAAACCAGCAACCCCAGAAGGCCCUAUUGUCUUCAGUGAAAUCCAGAAGACCAGUCUGACCUUGACCUGGAAACCCCCGAAGAGCGAUGGAGGAUCUCCUCUCACCGGCUAUGCCAUCGAGCGCCGUGAUGGCUACAAGAUGACCUGGUCUCCAGUUACCAUAGUGAAGCCAAACAUGACCAGCUUCUGUGUCCAGAACCUCAAGGAGGGACAGGAAUAUGUGUUCCGAGUCUCUGCUGAGAACCUCAUGGGCAGAUCUGAAGCUCUGGAAUCAGACAAAGUCAUUCCGAAGAGUCCAUUCAAGGUACCCAGUGCCCCAGAGGCUCCCAUUGAGGCAACAGAGAUCACAGCCACAAGUGUCAGCAUCAAGUGGAAGCCACCCAAGUCUGAUGGGGGUACCCCACUCACUGCGUACAUCAUCGAGCGCCGUGAUGCUACACGCAUGACCUGGAUCAAGGUCGACAAGGUCAAGCCAAACAUCACCACCUAUUGCAUCCAGGAUCUGGUCACAAACAACGAGUACUUCUUCCGUGUCAUCGCUGAAAAUGCAGAGGGCAUGAGCCCACCUUUGGACUCACCCAAAUUCAAGCCCGUUAGAAAAGCAGAGGCACCCACACCACCAAAAGGACCAGUCCGCUUCAGUGAUGUGGAAGCAACAUCUCUGACCUUGACCUGGUAUGAGCCAGAAGAUGAUGGUGGAUCACCACUCACAGACUACAUCAUCGAGGUCAGCUCAGACAGCACCGACUGGACCGAGUUCAAGAAGGUGGACAGCCGGAAGACCGAGUACAAGGCUCACAACCUGAAGGAGGGCAAGAAGCUCUACUUCCGCAUCAAGGUUGCCAACGAUGUUGGUGUCAGCAAGCCAAUUGAGGCUGAGCCUGUCACACCAAGAAGACCCCCAGAGCUGCCAGGCAAACCAGUAGGACCUCUUGAAGUACUGGACAUCCAACGUACCAACAUCAGCAUCAGAUGGAAGCCACCCAAGGAUGAUGGCGGUGUACCACUCACAGCAUACGUCAUUGAGAAGCGGGAUGCCAAGAGGAUGACCUGGGCAAAGGUUGAUCGAAUCAAGCCAGACAUCACCACAUAUACUGUCCAGAACCUUGUUGAAGGCAGUGAAUACUUCUUCCGUGUCUUUGCUGAAAACUCAGUGGGACUUAGCAAACCUCUCGAAUCAGAGAAGGCAUACAUCCCCAAGAGUCCAUUUGAUGUUCCAUCUGCACCCACUGGACCAAUCAAGGUGUUCGAUGUGACUGAGGACAGUUGUGUGUUGGAAUGGAAGCCCCCUCAGAGUGAUGGUGGAACUCCACUCACCAAAUACAUCAUCGAGAUGCGUGAUGUCCGUCGCUCCGUGUGGAACAGAGUUGACGAGGUCAAGCCAACAGAACUGGAGUAUGAGGUGUUCAACCUGGUGCUGGGCAACGAGUACAUGUUCCGCAUCAUUGCAGUCAAUGCAGAGGGAGAAGGACCUCCUCUCAACUUGAUCGAAGCAGUCCAGCCAAUGAGAGAACUAGAACCCCCAGGCCCCCCACUGUUUGUGCGGGUCAGCAAGAUCACCAAGAAGUCUGUCACUAUUGACUGGGGUACACCCUCUGAUGAUGGUGGCUCCAAGAUCACUCGCUACCACAUCUACACCUCAAAGAAGACAAGGGGAGAGUGGAAGGAGGUUGCCAAGGUCAAGGCCUUUGACUCUGACUAUGAAGUACAAGAUCUUGAGGAAGGCCAAGACUACUUCUUCGCAGUUGCUGCAGAGAACGAAGUCGGCAUUGGCAAGAUGGCAGAAACAGAAGCUGCUGCUAAGCCCCAGAAACCAAUGGAACGACCUUCACCUCCAACCCCACCACUUGAAGCCACAGACGUUCAACGGGAACAGGUGACCUUGACCUGGAAGGCAUCAAAGAGUGACGGUGGUUCGCCUAUCUUGCAUUAUGUCCUGCAGAAGCGUGAAAGCUGGAAGACAUCUUGGACAGAGGUCACUAAGGUCAAGCCGAACAUAUUCUCAUACUGUGUCCAAAACCUGCGUGAAGGCCAAGAAUAUUACUUCCGCGUGUUUGCAGAGAACCAGGUUGGAGCAUCUGAUGCCAUCCAGACCGAGGUCGGCAUUACUCCAAGAUCUCCAUUCAAUGUGCCUUCAGCCCCAGAAGGCCCUCUUGAGGUACUAGAGAUAACAGCCAGAACUGUAACUAUCCAAUGGAAAGCACCCAAAUCUAAUGGUGGCCUUGCCCUUACUGCUUACUAUAUUGAGCGUCGUGACAAAAAACACACGGCGUGGCUUAAGGUGGACAUGGUGAAACCCAGUAUCAAGUCUUAUUGCAUUCAGAAGUUGUUGGAAGGAAAUGAGUACUUUUUCCGCGUGAUUGCUGAAAAUCCAGAAGGACUCUCAGAACCAUUGGAGAGCCUUGAAGCAGUCAUGCCCAGGGAGAAACCAGCUCCUCCUCUUGCACCGAUUGGACCAGUCCGCUUCCACAACAUCUUGGCAACAUCUCUGGCGCUUGAUUGGCUGCCUCCGAGAGACGAUGGUGGAGAACCAAUCACAGAGUACCUCAUUGAGGCCUGCUUGAAGGGAGGCGAAUGGUUUGAAGUUGGAAAGACAAACUCAACCACCACCAAACUGAAGGUCAAGGAUCUUACUGAGGGCAAGACGUACGAAUUCCGUAUCUGUGCACGAAACAAGAUUGGUCUUGGCAAACCACUGGAGUCUGAGCCUGUUGUACCAUGCAGACCUCCAGAGGUUCCAUCUCGACCAGUUGGGCCCAUCAAGGUGUCUGACAUCACCAGGUGCUCCUGUGUUAUUGCCUGGAAAGAGCCAGAGGAUGAUGGAGGCUCUCCUCUCAAAUCCUACAUCCUGGAGAAGCGAGACAUGAACCGUACUAAGUGGAACAGGAUUGACAAGAUCGAUGCUUCCAUCACCAACUUCUGCUGCCAGAACCUCCAGACUGGAUCGGAGUAUUACUUCCGUGUCAGUGCUGAGAACAAGAUAGGAGUUAGUAAACCACUUGAGAUGGACAAACCUGUUCUCAUCAAGAGUCCUUAUGAUGUUCCAUCAGCGCCCAAGUUCCUAAAGGCAGCCAAUGUCAAUGAGAAGACAGCAGACAUCGAAUGGAAGGCACCAGACAGUGAUGGAGGUCGACCUCUCACUGGCUACAUCAUCCAGUUCCGUGAGUCACGUCGUUCCAUCUGGAACACCUUCUGUGAAGUGGAAGCCACAAUGACCUCCAUCAAGCUGACAGACCUGGUUCCUGGCAAUGAGUAUGUCGUGGCUGUAGUGGCAGUUAACGAAGAGGGACAGAGUCCCCCAGCCAUCCUCUCUGAGCCAAUCAGACCACAGAAACACCUCAGAGUUCCAGGACCACCGGAGGCCCUCCAGCUGAGGAACAUGACCAAGGUGGGUCUUACCCUGGAGUGGAACCCACCAUCAGACGAUGGCGGCACCAAGGUCCGACGCUACCACAUCGAGAAGUGCACCAUCGACAGCAAGGAGUGGGACCGAGUGGAGACAGUGGAACAUUACCGCUCACACUGUGGGGUGUCAGGACUGAAACCCGAGGUGGACUGGUUCUUUGCUGUUGUUGCCGAGAACGAUGUUGGUGUCAGUGAACGCUGUGUCUCCAAGAAGCCAGUUAGAUUUGACAAACCAAUUGUUGCUCCAUCACCACCUGUUGGUCCAAUGGUGGCGUCCGACGUGAACCGUCGUGGUUUCCGCGUAACCUGGAAGCCAAGUGAGAGAGAUGGUGGCUCCCCCAUAACCGGCUACGUUGUUGAGAAGCGUGAGGCAUGGAAGUCCACAUACCUUCCAGUGGAGAAGGUGCCAGCCAAGGUGCUAAGCUGUGACCUGACUUUCCUCAUUGAGAAUCAGGAUUACAUGGUGCGCGUCAUGGCAGAGAACAUUGUCGGACAGUCUGAACCGCUGGAAUCAGACGACCCAAUCACAGCCAAAAGCCCCUACUCACCACCUGGACCACCAGAGUCUAUCACAGCCGCCGACAGCACAGAAAACACUGUCACACUCAAGUGGAAACCACCCAAGACAGAUGGAGGUCUGCCUAUCAAGGAAUACAUUGUGGAACGUCGGGACAAGAAGUAUGGAUCAUGGAUCAAGCAGGAUGUCACUCGUGGCUCGAUCCUCACCCUCGAGGUCACCAGGCUGACCGAGGGCACUCCAUACUUCUUCCGUGUCUUUGCUGAGAAUGAGGAGGGUAUCGGAGCUCCAUGUGAGAUGAAAGAACCAGUCAUACCAAUGCGAGAGCCAAAGCCUCCUGGUAUUCCAAUUGGACCGAUCAAAUUCCGCGACAUCGGAGAAGACUUUGUGACACUGGACUGGCACCCACCCCGAGAUCCUGGUGGCAUCCCCAUCAUCGGCUACAAGGUGGACGUAACACGAGACCUUGACACCUGGACCGAGGUGGCCACGACAGACUGUGGCAUUACUUCAGUCAAAGCUAAGGAGCUGAUACCAAACAAGAAGCACUACUUCCGUGUGUUCGCCAUCAACCGUAUUGGCAACAGCAAACCCCUCGAGUCGGAACCUGUCGUGCCCAACAGGCCCCCAGGUGAACCAGGCAAGCCAGUUGGUCCAAUUGAAGCUAUGGAUAUUGAACGAGAAGCAGUGACCUUGACCUGGAACCCACCAGAGGAUGAUGGUGGCAGUCCAAUCACUCACUACCUGCUGGAGAAGCGGGAUGUGAUGAGAGCUCAUUGGUCACAUGCAGAGAAGACCUCCAGCACCUCAUGCAAGUCCAAGGUGAAGAAUCUGACAGAAGGAACCGAGUUCUACUUCCGUGUCAUGGCUGUCAACAAGAUAGGAGCUGGCAUACCUCUUGAGAGCAGACCCAUCUUAGUCAAGAGUCCAUUUGAUGUACCAUCUCCACCUGUUGGCCCUCUGGCCAUCUCCAACGUCACUGACUCAAGCGCUGACCUAGAAUGGAAACCAUCAGAAGACGAUGGCGGUUCACCAAUCCUCCAUUACGCUAUUGAGAUCCGUGAAUCAAGACGUAGUAUUUGGGGCCGUGCUGGUGUAGUAGAUGCCAACACAUUGACUUUCACAGCCAAAAACCUGGUGGUCAACAAUGAGUACUUUUUCCGUGUCCGAGCGGUCAAUUCUGAGGGAGAGAGUCUGCCUCUAGAGGGUGUUGACUCUGUCACUCCCAGCAAGAAGAAAGAUGUCCCCGAAGCACCAGCAUACAUCUACCCCGGCCGUGUCUCCGACUCGUCUGUCACAAUCGACUGGAAGGCUCCUCUCAAAGAUGGCGGUUCCCGCAUCAAGCAGUACCAUGUGAAGAUGACCGAGGACAAACCAGGCUCGCAGUGGGUGGAUCUGGGAUCAGUGGAUGCCUACAAGACAUCAUUCAAGGCUAAAGACCUUGACUCCAAGAAGAAGUAUCUGUUUGCAGUGGUGGCAGAGAACAGUGUUGGUCUCAGUGAGAUGAGCGUUACAGACAGACCAGUGUCAGUCAAGACUGUUGUCAAGCCACCAUCACCACCUGAAGGACCCCUGAAGGUCAUCAACCUGAGGAAAGACGGAGUCACCCUGUCCUGGAUGCCACCUGAGGAAGAUGGCGGUUCUCCCAUCACUCACUAUCUCAUCGAGAAGCGUGAUGCGUUCAAGACCAACUGGAGUCACGGAGACAGGGUCAAGGCCAGUCAAACCACCGCUGACGUCGACUACCUGACCCCAGGAAACAGCUAUCACUUCCGGGUCCUGGCUGAGAACCUCAUUGGCAUCUCAGAUCCUCUACUGUCAACUGAGCCUAUCACACCAAAGAGUCCAUACAAUGUGCCCUCGCCACCAGUUGGGCCACUGGAGAUCACCAGUGUGGAUAAGAAUUCGGCCACCCUCAAGUGGAAGCCAUCAGAGAGUGAUGGAGGACUUCCUAUCAAGCACUACGUCAUUGAGCGUCGUGAGGCCAAGAGACAGUCCUGGUUGCGUGUGGACAGCGUCCGCCCCACCACUCACAGUUUCACCGUGGAGCGUCUCAUUGAGGGCAAUGACUACAUCUUCAGGGUGUUUGCUGAAAAUGAUGAAGGCUUAAGCCUGCCAUUGGAAUCUACUUCACCAACAUCGUGCAGACGUCAAGCAGAACCCCCUGGCCCACCAUCAGGCCGAAUCCGAGCCAGCAAGAUCACUGCCGACUCCGUUAUGCUGGACUGGCUGCCUCCCAUCGACGAUGGUGGCUCCCCAAUCACCAAGUACAUCAUCGAGGCUCGUGGGGCCAGUGACACCGAUUGGAAGACCAUGGCUGAAGUGGACUCUACUGCCACCAGACAGAACAUCCGGAACCUUAAAACUGGAGAGGUAUAUGACUUCAGAAUCGCUGCAGUGAAUGCAGUCGGACGCAGCAAGCCUAACAACCUGGAAACAACUGUCAAGCCAAUAAGACCUAUUGAGGCUCCAGGAGCCCCUAGAGGACCUCUGCAGCUUACCAACAUGAGGCGUGACACUGCCACGUUGUCAUGGCAACCACCACUUGAUGAUGGAGGCACCCCAGUGACAGGCUACACCAUUGAGAAGAAUGACACGACCCGCAAUGCUGGCUGGAUGAGGGCAGCAAGGGUCGCCGGCCCCGUCACCAACUACACUCUGUCCAGUCUCGUAGAAGAUCACUCGUACAUCUUCCGCGUGUCAGCAGAGAACAAGAUCGGACUUGGUGCUCCACUAGAAAUGAAGACAGCUGUUGUUGCAAAGAGCCAGUUUGAUGUUCCAUCACCACCCAGUCGUCUGCGGGCUUCUGAUGUCAUGGACGAGACAGUUGAACUUGAAUGGCUGCCGCCAGACUUUACUGGCAACCUUCCCCUGACUGGUUAUGUUGUUGAGCGUCGCGAUGCAGACAGGAUGCAGUGGCAGAGAAUCGGCAACACCGGACCUGAUGUGACCAAAUUUGAGGCCUUGAACCUGUUGGAAGGUCGUAUGUACAUGUUCCGCGUGAUGGCGGAGAAUGCAGAGGGUCUCAGUGAACCGGCCAUGUUGCCAAGACCCAUCAUGCCCGAGAGACCAGUCGAUCUGCCCGGACCUCCAGAGGACCUUCACGAGACAGCUGUGGACCGAAGCAUGGUGUCGCUGACAUGGCGCCGACCACAGUAUGAUGGUGGCGCUGUCAUCACAGGAUACAAGAUCGAAGAGAGAGACGGCAAAGCUGCCACCUGGGUGACGGCUGGAGAGGUUGGAGGCUUUGACCUCAUGUACGACGUCCGUGGACUUAUUGAAGGAUAUGAAUACUUCUUCCAAGUCAGCGCCAAGAACAUCAGAGGCUAUGGUCCACCUGCUGAGCUCAAACAAGCCAUUGUGCCAUCUAAGCAGAAGGGUAAACCAUCCCGCCCAGUUGGUCCACUCCAAUGCAGCAACAUCACCGACGAUUCUGUGAAGCUGUCAUGGCUGCCGCCAGAGAGUGAUGGAGGGUCCAGACUGACUGGCUACAUUGUAGAGAAAUCUGACAUCAGACGUCCAACAUGGCUACGUGUUGGCAAGGUUGAUCCUGAUACAACGACACUGAAAGUUGAAAACCUCCUCGACAACGUUGGCUACUUCUUCCGUGUAAUGGCUGAGAACGCCGUCGGAGUGGGUCAGCCUCUUGAUAAUGAAUCUCCCAUCAUUCCAAAGAGUCCAUACGGUCCCCCAGGGCCCCCUACUGGACCAAUCAAAUCAAUGCAGAUGACCCGCGACUCUGCAACCUUCCAGUGGGAACCUCCAAGUCAAGAUGGUGGCUCAAAGAUUACUGGCUACAUCAUAGAGAGGCGAGAAGAAGGCAAGAAGUCCUGGAUGUAUGUUGGCCGCAAUGAUGCCGACAAUCUUUCCUUCUCGGCCACUGGACUGACCGAAAAUAUGGACUACUACUUCCGAGUGUACGCUGAGAACAAAUAUGGCCGCAGUGAUGCUCUGCAGUCAGAAAUUCCCAUCAUACCAAAGAGAGUAUUUGCUCCACCGGAGGCACCAGCAUCAUUACGGGCGGAGAACAUCGACAAGGAUUGUCUCACCCUUGUCUGGAACCCACCAGAGGGCGAUGACAGUAUCACUGGCUACAUUGUUGAGAAGAGAGCACAAGACUCUGAAACCUGGGAACGUGUUGCACAUGUGCCAGGCAAGACUACAGCUCGCGAUGUCAUUGGUCUGCCAGAGAACCAAUCAUUCUUCUUCAGGGUCAUUGCAGAAAAUCCUGCCGGAGUUAGCCCCCCUGCUGAACUCCGACUUCCUGUUGAGCUGAAGGCAAAGAAAGAACCACCCAGUAGAAUCCCAGACUCACCUGAAGUACUGGAGGUUGGUCCAACCCACGUUGAGUUGUCAUGGCAACCACCAGAGUCCGAUGGAGGCUCUCCUGUCACUGGUUAUUUCAUUGAGAGGUCGGAUGUGACUGGCCGAUCCUGGCUGCCAAUCAACAAGGAGGCGAUCCCCGACACAAGACAUCGUGUUGAUGGACUCCAUCCUGGCUGUACCUACGAAUUCCGCAUCAUUGCCCAGAAUGCAGUUGGGCUCAGCUCACCUUCUCCACCAUCUGCUGCUGUUGUCUGCAGAGAAACAAUCGUGACGGAAGCACCCAAGUUCGUGCAGGAGUUCGGUGACCUUGACAUUCCAGUCGGUGAAGAGGCUCGCUUCGUUUGCCAAGUGACUGGAAUACCAAACCCAGAGGUCACAUGGUACAAGGACUACUGUGAAGUGUUCGACACCCGCAAGUACUCCGUGAAGGCUGAUGACAUUACCUUCACCCUGGUGGUCAAAGAUGUGGAGCUGAAAGACAGUGGUGACAUCGAGUGCCAGGCCAAGAACAGAUACGGAAUUAUCUCCAUCAGAGCCAAGCUGAAUGUGCUGGCUCCCGCCCGUAUCGAACUCCCUCCACGCUACGCCGACGGUCUCUGUAUAUCCAGUGGAGACUCCAUCAAGCUCCGCGUGCCCAUAUUUGGACUUCCUCUUCCCACUGCCACCUGGAAAAAGAAUGGGAAAGCACUCCCCGAUGAACUUCGUAUCGACAUCACGACCACACCCAAACACUCCACCCUCAUCAUCCAGGAUGCUGACAAGCGUGAUGAGGGAGAGUACACUCUUGAAGUACAGAACAAGCUGGGCUCCGACAGCGCCACAGUGCCCAUCUCUGUUGUUGAUCGACCUGACCGUCCUGGCAAACCUGAGAUCACAAGCGUGGACAAGCACUCUGUGAGUAUGACAUGGGCCGCCCCCAAGGACGACGGUGGCUCCCCCGUCACUGGCUACAUCAUCGAGAAGUGUGACAUGCAGACCACUAUCUGGCGCCACGCCAUCACAUCCAACACACAGUCCUGCACAGUCACCUGCCUGGAAGACCGAGGACAGUUCAAGUUCCGCAUCCUGGCAGAGAACAUGUACGGCAUCAGCAGUCCUGGACCUGAAUCCGAGCUUGUGGUCACCCGUGAGCCGAUCCCAGUCGUGGACUAUGAUAAUCUAUAUGAUGCUGACUUCACCGGAACUCCAGUUGAUGUGAGCAGAAUCCGAGGAGACAUCCUCAGCAAGUACAUCAUCUGUGAGGAACUCGGAAGAGGUGCAUUUGGUGUUGUCCAUCGCGCUGUUGAGCGAGCCACCGGUAAGAACUGGGCCGCCAAGUUCAUCCGCUGCCGCCCCCACGAGAAGGAGACGGUGCGUCACGAGAUCGACAUCAUGAACCGCCUCCAUCACAAGAAGCUGCUGCAGCUCCAUGAGGCCUUCGACCAGCCAGGCGAGAUGGUCAUGAUCCUUGAACUACUGAGUGGCGGCGAGCUGUUCGACCGCCUGGUCCAGCAACAGUACGACCUGACGGAGGAAGACUGCAUCACCUACAUGCGGCAGAUCUGCCAGGGCGUGCAGCACAUGCACAGCAACAACAUCAUCCACCUUGACCUCAAGCCAGAGAAUGUCAUGUGUGUGACCAAGGACAGCAAGGACGUGAAGCUCAUCGACUUCGGAUUGGCUCAGCGCCUGGAGGAAGGCAAGUCCGUCAAGGUUCUGUUCGGAACAGCCGAGUUCUGUGCACCUGAGAUCAUCAGCUUUGAACCUGUGUCCUUCGCAACCGACAUGUGGUCCCUCGGCGUGGUCUCGUAUGUCCUACUGAGCGGCUAUUCACCAUUUGCUGGAGAGAGUGACCAGGAGACCUUUGUGUACAUCAACCGUGCCGAGUUCGACUACGAUGACGAGGCCUGGGCGCCUGUAUCAGAGGAAGCUCGGGACUUCAUCAACAAACUCCUCUUGAAAGACAAGAAGCAGAGGAUGACGAUCGACGAGGCGUUGGCCCACCCCUGGUUGAAUCCCCGACCCAAGACUGACCUUGACCUUGAUGUCACAGAUGGGGCAGCAGAGAAGAAGUUGAAGGGGGUGAAGCUGUGUCGCCAGGGUCACAAGGACUACAGGGACAGAACCAGACACAAGGAGGAUGAGCUGGACAUUCUCCCCAUCGGCCGCCUGUCUCGGGACAGUGCUGUCUUCAGGAAGGAGGGCGAGCUCGGCAUACUUGCACGCAACCUUGUCAUGGAACUGCCAGAACAUGCCCCCAUUGUAUACGAAGAGCUGGAUGAUGUCACAGGUUACGAGGGGUCAAGGACACAGUUGGCAUGCAAAAUCAUUGGGAAACCAGCCGCAGAAAUUAUGUGGUUGAAAGAUGGUGAAGAAGUCCUCCCAAGUCCACGUGCCAAAGCCACAUACAAAGAUGGCAUGGCAACACUUGAUCUCAAAGACCUUGAACCUGAAGAUGGAGGGAAAUACACCUGCCGUGCUACCAACAGCUUUGGAGAUAUUGAAACCACAGCGAAUCUCAAAGUUGAAGAAGUUCGCCACCGUAGAAGGAAGAAGGCUGAAGAGGCCAAACUCAAACAACCUAAGAAGGAAGUUCCAGAAGUUGAGGCCGACAUCCCACCAGAGUUCACACUGCCUCUGAUCGACCAAGUAGCACCAGUGGGAGACUCCAUUGAGUUGACUGUCACAGUGACAUGCCGACCUGAAGCCGAGGUAGACUUCUAUCAUGGGGAUGAGAAGGUGUCGGCUGGAGGUCGCUUCAAACUGAAACAGGACAAGGACGUGUAUAGUCUCAUCAUCAGCGAUCUCAGACUGGAGGAUGCAGGAGAAUGGAGCUGCCAAGCUACAAAUGCAUUUGGCAAAACACAGUGCUCAUGCGACGUCCAGGUGCUUGACUCGGUGCCAGAAGGUUCCAAGAAGCCUCGGUUCACACGAGGACUGGAUGCUAUGACCAUCACUGAGGGCAGCAAGGCACAACUGAAGUGUCGCGUCACCGGACUGCCACAGCCACAGAUUGAAUGGUACAAAGACAGACAGAGGAUCGAGGCCAGUCGCCACUACGAGAUGAUCCAGGAGGAUGACGACGUUCACAUUCUGGUUAUUGAUGGCGCCACCAAAGACGACACAGGGUCAUACAUGUGUCGUGCUGUCAAUGAGGCAGGUUCUGCUUCUACAGAGGCCAGAAUCCGUGUACAGAAGGUGUCUGAUCAAGAGAUCCAGAGAGAAGACACCACCAGAGUGACUGCAGCGCCGACCAAACAAUACCGAUUCCAGAUGGCACCAGACUUCACUGUCAAGCUCCGGAACAAGUCUGUCCUGGAGAACAGCCAUGUGAGACUGGCCUGCUCCGUCACUGGCAUCCCCGACCCCACCAUCAAGUGGUACAAGGAUGGCCAGGACAUCACCGACAUGACCAGAUACACCAUCCUGAACAACUACGGUCUGCUGUCCCUGGAAAUCCUGAGGACGGCAACAUCCGACGGCGGCUGCUACACCUGCGAAGCCUCCAACUGCGAGGGCACCGUCACCUGCAGUGCCAGUCUUGAUGUGCAGUGCCUGGACCGUAUGUCCCCCGAGUUUGACCAGCGACCCCGUUUCCAGAACCCCCUGGGUGACAUCUGCAUCAGGGAGGGAGAGGAUGCUGUGUUUGAGUGCACCGCCACUGGCAAACCAUCACCCUCAUUCAAAUGGCAAAAGGAUGUUAGAGAAGUCUUCAGCAGUUCCAGAAUCAACAUCGAGUCGGACGAGGACGGCAAGGCCCGCCUUGUUGUGAAGAAUGCCCGUCUUUCUGACUCUGGGCUCUAUGUGUGUGUGGCCUACAGUCUGGCUGGCCGCUGCAAGUGCUCCGGGUCACUCAGAGUCAUUGAAAAAUCUCCCUCACCACCCUCGCAGGAUGAGUUGAUGCGUCUGGGCUAUGGCCCUGACGUCGAGUUCGACCCCCUGCAGCGUAUCACAGAGCCUGGCCGACCACCAUACUUCUCCAUCAUGCUACCCAGACAGCUUGAGGUGACCGAGGGACAGAAGCUCCGCCUUGACUGUGCUGUCGAGGGAUUCCCCACACCUGUUGUAUCCUGGCACAAGAAUGUCCGCGAGCUGUCAUACGGCGAGCGGCACCGCAUCAUGAUGUGUGCAACACUGCACACAAUGGAGAUCCCAUCUGCCAUGACCAUUGACUCCGGAGAGUACAUCGUCCGGGCAACAAACGUCUUUGGCUCUGUGGAAACAUCCUGCUUUGUCAAGAUUAAUCUCAAAGAUCCAGAAAGUGAGGAGUAUGUUGAGCCUGUGUACACACCCAGGGAUCGUGCACCUGUUGAACUCAGAAGAGAUGGAACCAGCAAACCCCCACAAGCACCUUUCUUCAUCAAGCAUCUGCCACCCAGGAUUGACGUCAUGGAGGGCGUGGAUGUCCAACUGGACUGCAUCCUCCGUGGCGGCAUCGACCUUGUCCAAUACUCCGACGAGGGUGCAGACCAGGCCAAGAAGGGUCUGGAAGAAGAGGGCUUCGUGGGAGGAUUUGUUGACAUGGGCAGACUCGCUGCCCCGUCAUCUCCGCAGGUGUCUGCUGCGACAGGAAGUCCUCCUGUGUUUGAGAAGAAACUGACCGAUGUCCAGGCACCAGUCGACAGCCUUGUGAACCUCGUGACCUCCGUGAUUGACGACCCUGUGGCUGAUAUCACAUGGUUCAAGGAUGGGAAGGAAAUCACACAAGGAGACAAAUAUGAAAUCUUCUUUGACGCUGGCUGCCACAACCUAGAAAUCUAUGACACUGAGAUCUCCGACAGCGGAGUGUACAAAUGUGUUGCCGUCAAUGCCCUCGGUUCCACAGCCUGUCAGUGCACAGUUACUAUUCAAGAUUCUGAUGAUGUCAAAGCUACAACAUCCCUUCCUGCUGAUGACUCCGGGAAGGAGGCACCCAACUUCACAAGCACCCCAAAUGACCUGACCCUCCCAGCAGGUAGUGAGGCUGUGUUUGAGUGCAGUGUCACCGGCAAGCCCACCCCAGAGGUUGCAUGGUUCAAGGACGGCAAACCUGUAACACCCAAUGACUGUCUGAGAAUCGUUGCCAAGGGCAACAAGCACCAAUUGAGAAUAUCUGCCAUUGUGAAGUCUGAUGAAGGACAAUAUGUCGCCACGGCAACAUCCGAAGCUGGCACCAAGUCUUGUGCUGCUCGACUCACCAUACAAGUUCUGGCCACCAAGUUUGCUACUGAGUUGCCGGCAGAAGUCUCCGCCUCCAAGGGGGACAGUGCCACCCUGACCUGUGGCACCCCCCAGGGGGUCAAGGACGUCCACUGGGAACUCAAUGGCAAGAAGGUAAACAAAAGCCACCAGGCUGUGAUGACCUCUGAACCUGAUGGGACUCAAACCCUUGAGUUGAAGAACCUCAUCAAGUCAAACUUUGGAACAUACUCAUGUGUAGCCAAGAUGGCUGACAAGACAACUCUCACCACGAAGACCAAGCUGGUGCUUGAAGAAGUUGUUGAAAUGGAGGAAGACAUGAGGAAACCCAAGUUUGUGAAGACUCUCAUGGACCUGUCCUGUCGUGAUGGCGACAUGGUGAACCUGGAGUGCCAGGUCCGUGGCGACCCUCGACCUCAAAUCACAUGGUACAGAGAUGGCGAAGAAAUACCCGACACUCAGGAUUUCCAAAUGAGCAUGAUCGGCACAACCUGUAAACUGUGUAUAGUUGAGGUGUUCCCUGAAGAUGAAGGCAAAUAUGAGUGCAAGGCAGUCAGCAGUGGAGGGCAGGCAACUACGUCAUGCAUAGUCUUUGUUGAAGACGUCAAUGACAUGUCCAUCGAUACCGAGUCCAAUGCCUCCUCGCUCAACCACGGAGGUAACCGAAAUCGUGACCCCAAUACAGGGGCGCUGGAGUUCCGCAUUGAUCUCAACAACAGAGUUGCCUCGGCUGAGAGUGGAGGAAGACAGAAGGUGCAGCCCGGGGAAGUGGAAUUUGCACCAGAAUUUGGUGUCAAACCCAGGAGACAAUUUGUGGAUGAAAAUCAACCAGCCAAAUUCAAGAUAAGCUGUGAAGGGCUACCAAGGCCGGACGUUUCCUGGACCAGAUUUGGAAAAAUACUGAAAAAUGAUUCCAAAAUCAAAGCAUACGAAGAGGAUGGCUACAACAUCCUGGAGAUCCAAGACGUCACUGUCCAAGACAAGGGCAUGUACACAUGCUCCCUCACCAACAAACUCGGCACACUAGAAGCCUCAGCGGAACUCAGUGUGUUUGAGAAGCCGAAAUCAUCGUCCAAGAAGCCUGUUGGUCCAUCUGUUGUCGCACCUCUGACUGAUUCCACCACAGUAGAAGGCGAGAAAAGAUUUGUCCUUGACUGCAGCUUUGAAGAUGCCACGGAUUGUUCCAUCACAUGGUUCAAGGAUGGAGAAGAGAUAAAGCCAGGUCGCGAGUUCCGGGCCAGGUUUGACGGCAGAGUUGCCUCCCUUACCAUCUCCCGCGUUAUCGAGGAAGAUGUUGGCAAAUAUGAAUGUGUAGCAUCCGGACCCACAGGCGAGGAGGCUAAGACAAACUGUUACCUCAAAGUUGAAGUUUCCAACGAAAAACGUGAACCUCCCGUGUUUGUGCGAGAACUGCGCGACAUGGAGGUCGACAAUGGAGACAAAGUUGAGCUGGUUGUGGAGGUCAAAGGCAGUGAGCCAAUCGAUGUGUUCUGGAUACAUAAUAACAGGGAGGUAACUCCGCAAGACACGGAGUGCCAGCUGAUAAGGGACGGCAAUAUUCAUAAACUCGUAAUCCCCCAAGUGUGUCAGCAGGAUGUUGGGGAGUAUGUGUGCGAGGCAUACAGUGAUUACGGUGAUACAGACACGUUUUGUAGACUUAAUGUCCGAGACGUAGAGCUCCCCGCCCCUCCCGAAUUUGUCUCGAGUCCCCGUCUUUUAACAACAGAAGAGGGCUCAAGUACAAUGUACACGUGUAGGGUGAGAGGUCACCCAGUACCGCACGUUUCAUGGGAGAAAGAUGGCGUAGCCAUCAAGGAAAAUAGCCAUUUCAAGAUAUCAAUGCAAGGGGACGAACAUAUCCUGGAGAUACUAAACACGAAUAAGACAGACGCAGGAAACUUCACCUGCCGUCUACACAACUCGAAUGGAGAAGUGUCGAACACUGCGGCACUUGUAGUCAAAGAGAAAACAGAUUUUAGAUCUGUCCUUAAAACAAGACCAACUCUUGGAAAACUUGGAAAACAAAACAGCACUGAUUCUGAAAAAUCAGACAAAGAGAACGAUCUACAAUUCCGUCAUGUGUUACGCAAGGGUGAUCGAUCAACCCCACCUGGUGGCUAUGAUGACAAGCGUUCACGCUCUGGGGUGCAGCAAGUUGACUUUCGUAAUGUCCUCAAACAUAAAACAAGCAAACCGGAUCCAGUAUUAGCAUCAAAAUCAAAAACGUCUGAACCUGCGAGGGAGACAGUGACACUGAAGUCAAGAGAGGCUUACAAACAAAACAGAGACUUGAACAAGUCAACCACUGUGAAAACCGAAACAAUAUCUGUAAGAAGUGUCUCCAAAUCAAAACUAUAUGACUCUCCCAAAAUAGAGAUAGAUAAAUUUGAAAAAAGUUCAAAUGUUAGUUUAAAGAAAUCUCCCCCACAGGAAGACAAGGCUCUGAAAAGUAAGCUUAAUAAGUUUGAGCAGAUGUCAAAUCAUGAAGAUUCACCCUCAGGGCCAUUUGUCAAAAGUCAGACCAAACAGGGAUCCUUACAGGGAAGAUUAGAAAAAUUUGAAAAGAAUAAACUUCAAGAUGAAGUGAAAACCAAAGUUCAAACAACACCGCCUACCUCCAAAACACCAGACAAAUCAGUGUUAGGAAAGCUGAACAAAUUUGAAAAACUUUCAAGUGGUGAACAGACGUCUGCUAAGAAGAAAACACCCCCACCUACUCAGACCCCAAAACCCCGAGGAAAUGUUUUAGACAAGUAUUCCUUUAAAGAGAGGACAUCACCAAGUCAUAACUUGCAAAAUGGUAAAUCAAAUGUGAAGCAAGAAGAUUUACCAACUAAAAACAACACGACAGAAAAAUCUGUGAAAUCCCGCAAGGAGAAAUUUGAGGCCUCUUCUGACUUUGCAUCGCCAGAGAAAACAAAGCAAUCCAAAUUAGACAAAAGCAACAAAUUGGAAAAUUCCCCCGAACAAACAUGGAGGUCAAAACAAGAGAGUGAACCUCUGGCUGUGUUGACGACACGACAUUCAGACAUCGUUCAACAACCUCCACGAGUCCGACGUCAGUUGGCAGACCAACGCGUUCGUUAUGGCCACCAGGUGGUGCUGGAGUGUGAGAUAUCAGGAGGAUCUGUUGACUGGAGCGUCAAUGGGAAAGCCAUUCGGUGUUCCAAGUUUUUCAAGAUGGCAAUGACACCCGAAAAUGUCGCAACACUGAUGAUCGCAGAAGCAUACUCUGAAGACGAGGGAGAAUAUAUUUGCACAGCCACCAACAAGUUUGGAACAGCGUCUACGUCAUGCAAGCUGUUUGUUGAUGCCUCCAGUUCCCUCUCUUCACGCUCUGACAUCGAAGGUGCCGUGACUAUACCUGCUCGACUUCUGACUAUCACUCCCUCCUCAUUGGCUGUGACCAGAGGUCAGAAGGUCAUCAUCGAGGCAACAUUUAACGGGGAGCCCAAACCGGAAGUGAGGUGGUUCAAAGGGAGAGAUGAAAUUCUGAAAGACAAGAGAAUCCAGCUUGACAGCACAGGCGACCACAGUGUCCUGACCAUCAACAAGGUGACACCCAAGGACGCCGGCAGAUACAUGGUUGCGAUUGAGAACCAUGCGGCCAAGGAUUCUCUCUGUGCCUCAGUCAGUAUAGAAGAUAUCCCCGAACCACCCGGCAAACCCCAGGCCAACGACAUCCUGCGAACAUCAGUGGUAUUGUGGUGGUGUGGCUCCCCCUAUGACGGGGGAUCUCAGAUCACCCAUUACAAAGUCCAGUUGAAGAAAGUUGGAGACUCUAACUGGACGACUCUCACCUCGAGUUGCAAGAACACCUUCUAUCCAGUGGACAAACUAGAAGAGAAGACAGCCUAUUAUUUCCGUGUGUAUGCUGCCAACAAACAUGGCUACAGCAGCUCGGGGGAGAUGUCUGACAAGGUCUUCACAUCCAACAGGAAAAUAUCCCUGGAUUAUGAAUCAGAUGGCGCACCUGAAGUAUUCUCACCUGUGGAAACCAAGUUCAAAGAUGAACUUCCAUUUGAGCCUAGAGAAGUGAAAGUGGAACCAUCGAGGAAGUUUGAAGAUGAGUAUGAGGUCAUGCACGAAGUUGGCAAAGGCAAGUUCGGCAAUGUGUACAAAUGUAAAGCCAAGGAAAGUGGGAAAAUCUGGGCAGCGAAGAUUUUGAAAUGUCGAGAGAAAGAAAAGGCCAACAUUCGUCAUGAGAUAGAAAUCAUGAAUGAUCUGGCACAUCCCAAACUUAUGAUGAUCUGGGAUGCCUUCGAGGCUCAACGAAGUAUGACUCUUGUCAUGGAAUUCGUUGGCGGUGGCGAGUUGUUCGAACGUGUGAUCAGCGACGAUUUUGAGCUGACAGAGGGCGACUGCGUCCACUUCAUGCGUCAGACGUGUGAUGGCGUAGGCUAUAUGCACAAUAACGGCAUCCUUCACCUUGACCUUAAACCCGAGAACAUCCUGUGUAUCUCAGACAAAACCAACCAGAUCAAGAUCAUUGAUUUCGGUCUUGCCAGACGUUAUGAGGAUGGCAAGAGUAUCAAAGUUCUUUUCGGGACGCCCGAGUUCAUCGCCCCGGAAGUUAUCAACUACGACGAGAUCAGCUUUGCCACCGACAUGUGGAGCCUUGGUGUCAUUUGUUACCUACUAUUAUCAGGCUUAUCUCCCUUCCUGGGGGAUAACGACGCAGAGACGUUAGCAAAUGUUACCCGGGGCGAGUUCGACUUUGAUGACGAGUCAUUCGAUGACAUUACUGAUAAUGCCAAAGACUUCAUUACACGUUUGAUGAUCAAAACGAAAGACAAACGCUACCUGAUCAAGCAAGCAGAACAACAUGUUUGGCUUGCCCAGGACGAACGACGUAUCAGAAGCAAGCGUCUCAACACUGAGAGAUUGAAGCGAUUCAUGUUAAGAAGGAAAUGGCAGGUUUGUGACGAUAUGGAUGACAUCGAUGCCAUGAUAGAAAAACCCAAUCAACCAACGACCCAAGAUACCCAUUCUAGUCCAAGGGAGAUUACCCAGGAGGUAUCUGGAGGAGAAAGGGAGACAACCAUAUCUACUGACACUCCCGACUUGAUGCAAAAGAAGAAAACCUGCCCAGAUCACAACGGGAACGUUGCAAUAUCAAAACAAAAUGGAUUUAAUGAUUCUGAUAAUACUACCGAUUGCGGAGCUUCACCAAGUUUUAUCAAGGAAAUGCUAGACUGUGAAGCUUUUACUGGUGAUGUAAUCCGCUUCGACGUACGGGUUGCAGGCAGCCCUGACCCUGAUUUUCAUUGGUUGCAUGAAGAAGACGAGGUUCAAGAAGAUAGGCGGCAUAUCGUAGAUGUUAGUGACAAUGGACAAUGUUCGUUAAUCAUUCGCAACGUAACCGAGGCAGAUGAGGGGGAGUACAGCUGCAUCGCAGUGAAUGAUAAUGGUGAAGCAUCAUGCUCCGCAGAACUUAUCGUCUGCAGCAUUGGUGCAAUAUGAUUGGUCAAAAUUCCAAAUAUGCUUUCCAUUGGCAAAUGUUGCCAUGUACGAUGUCAUCCGACUGAGACUUUUCACUGCUGUGAGAUUUGAGUUUAGGGUUGGUGUUAUGGCUGAAAGUUAUUUUUGUUUGAACAGCCAAAAUGUGAUCAGCCGUGUGGAAGAAUGUCCCCCCCCAGUGUCCUCAAUUGUCCAUCAAACCAAAUGCAUUUUGCAACCAGACUGACUUAUCGUUCAUUAUCUGGCUCGAAUGACAGAUCCAGUCUGUGCGCUCCUCCAAUCAGAAUGGAGUACACGGAAUGUACCUGUGAUUUAAGCCAAUGAAAAAGAUGGACACAUAUUAAAGUGGUGCUGAUCCUGUGACGUCAUGAUAUUAUGUAUGUAUACUACACAGAGUGUCUAUACCUGUUUUAUUAUUAUUUUUAAAAAUGUACUAUUCAGUUGUCUGUCAAUGUAGAUAGAACUACCUUGUUUAUGUACAGUGUAAGGCUAUGUUUCUCCAUCAGUGCCCAAGAUUUCCUUGGAUAUGGACAAUCUCUCCACAUUUUUAUCCAUUAUAUUUCUUUCUUUAAUUUUUUUUUCAUUAUAUUAAAAAGUGUGGGGUCUUGUCCAAAUCCAUUUUUCGAUGACCCUCUUUCUGCCCUGAUGAGCGUUGAUGGAUGAACAUGAAUUGUUAAAACAGAGACUGUUAGUCAUAAUACUGCUGUUGUAUAUUUGAUGUAGAUACAGAGAACACUGUUGACUGUACAGAUGCUCAGGAUGAACAUACUUGGAGGUAUUUAUGUGAUAACUAUGUGUUGGUCUUUACCCAUUGGCUUACACUAGAACAACAGAGACUUACACCAUUGAGAUAGUUCAGUGUAGUAUAGUUCAGUGAAAGACUGUGCAUCCAUACACUGUACAUGAACUUUGCUCAAUAAAGUAUCCAAUAAAA